AUGGAAGGAGGAAGAUGGACGGUUGACCUGGUCAGGCUGUCUCCCGCAUCCCUCCCCACAACCUCUGAGCAUUCCCUCCCAGGACCCUUGGAGAAAUCUGGUGAGUUCCAGGGGAGAGGAGAUGGGGACAGGGAUAGAUGGAAGGUGGAGGGAGAAAGAGGAAAAGAUGGAGAGGAGACAAAUGGAAGGAAGUUCCUGACAUUAAGGAGGAGGGGGGUGAGGCCUUCUCCAAAGCAGCUCUUUGUUUCUUGAAUCCCUUUCAUAAAGUAGUGGGGGGCAGAUAUUCUUCCUCAAGAAUUUUAAAUCUUAGGAGUUACAGUGGUACCUUGGUUCUCAAACAUAAGUCUUCCAAAACCAAGGCAUACUUUCCUAUAGAAAGUAAUGCAAAAUUGAUUAAUCCGUUCCAGACUUUUAAAAACAACCCCUAAAACAGCAAUUUAACAUGAAUUUUACUAUCUAACAAGACCAUUGAUCCAUAAAAUGAAAGCAAUAAUCAAUGUUCUGUACCGUAAAAUAAAUAAGACAGUAUUGUAGAUGAUAAAAAUUAAAAUUAAAACAAAAAAACAAGCCACAGUCAAAAAUGAAAAAGCCACACAAACAAAAAAACAAAAAAUAGGAAACAACUAAAGCACCAAAUGUCACCUCAGAACACUGCAACCAGAAACGGCUUUUAUAUUGAUGGGGGGGGGGCUUAAAUUAACUGUGUAAUGGAACAAAUGGGAUGAAAAAAGCCUUGAUUACGAUGGAGAGGACUUUAAUUAGCUGCUCAAGGGUAAAACAGAAUGAAAAAAGCCUUAAUUAGGAUGGGGGGGGGACUUAAAUUUGCUGCGCAACAGUAAAAAUGGAAGCUCAGGAGCACGUUCGGUUUCCGAGGCAAAGGUCAAAAACAGGAACACCUACUUCUGGGUUUGCAAAUGAUGAAUCAACAGAAGCAUAGAACAAUCUAUGGACUUCCCUUUUUUUGAAAUAUUUUUAUUGUUUUUUACAAAUGCAAGUUUCUAUCAAAGACAUUUAUAUAAUCAUUUCAUGGGAUUCUCUGAAUCACAUGACUUCGCUCCAUCCCUUUCAUGGGUCCUUAUAUUACCGUAUUCUUCGCUCCAUAAGGCGCACCGGACCGUAAGACGCACCUAGUUUUCAGAGGAGGAAAACGGGGAAAAUAUUCUGAAUCAAAUGUUGUACUAAACUAUUUAAUAAACUACUGAUUUAUCAGAGUGAGACUAAGAGGGACAGGAACUGUAUGUUUGUUUAGUGUGCAGGCUCAAGGAGCCAGCGGAUCAGCUGAGACGCGGCGGAUUUGCGUAAUUUCCCCCUCUCCCUCAUCCUCUGCCCUCCAGUCCCCAGCAGCCUUCCUUUUCUACCUCCUGAUUUUCACUGCGCUUGUGGCUCAGAGCUUGAGGUUGGGGUUUUUUUGCUGCUGGUUGCUUAAAUUUUAUCCUUCCCCUCCUGUGUCCUUCCGUCCCUCUGCAGCCUCAUUGCUCCGUUUAGGGAGCGGGCGGACUUUCUGCAGCUGUUGCUGGCUGCGCACCACUUUUAAAAGUGCCUUCUGGCUUUGAAUCACCUGCCUCCCUUUACUAUUUUACUCAAGGUAUUUGCCCUGUGCCUGGGGGAUUUUUUCCAUUUAACAGUUUGCAGCCUCUUCCUUCCGUUGCUUGUUUUGAGGCAGGAUAGAUUUGAGCAAGUGAUCAGGACUUGGAUUGCAGGGGAUUCGCCAUUAGCUGUGUAAAAGCGCUCCUCCUUGCAGCCUUCUACUUUGUUUGUACACAUGGCUACUGGUAUCAGGUUCAGUUUGAGUAAUAAGCAGCCCCUGGCAGCAACAGAAUGGAGUAUAAAAAGGAGUAGGGGCACUGGGACCCAGACAAUGCUCAAAUCUAUCCUGCCUCAAAACAAGCUGCAGAAGUAAAAAGCACGCUCCCGCUCCCCUGCCCCUCAUCCCGUGCCCUCCCCAGCCUUUUUUUUUACUUCCUGGUUUUCACUGCGCUCGUGGCUCAGAGCUCGAGGUUGGGGGUUUUUUGCUUAAAUUUUAUCCUUCCCGAUCUUUCCCCUCCUGUGCCCUGCCGUCCCUCUGCAGCCUCAUCGCUCCGUUUAGGGAACACGCGGACCUUUGCUAGCUGAGGCUCGCUGUAAAGCAAGGACAGAAGCAAAGCGGGACAGAAGCCCUGUAAGCGGCUCCCGCUUUGCUUGACUGACGGGAGCCAUGGCUCCGGUCCAGUGCAUUCGCUCCAUAAGACGCACAGGCAUUUCCCCUUUCUUUUUAGAAGGAAAAAAGUGCGUCCUAUGGAGCGAAAAAUACGGUAAUUUGUCCAAAACUACAUACAGUGGUAUCUCUGGUUGCAAACUGGAUCCGUUCUGGAGCUCGACAGAUCCCGAGGUUUUUGCAAACCGGAGGACCGCUUCUGCACACGCACGCGGCACAAUAAAGUGCUUCUACGCGUGCAAGCAGCAAAACCCGGAAAAAUACCAGAGGGUUACGUAACACGAGGUACCACUGUAUGGAUACAUUCUCCACAGUUCUCAUUUAUCUAAAUUGUCCAUAAACUUAUUUACAAGUGAUUCCUAAAGUCCAGCUAACAUUUUGAUUUGCGUGCAGUAAUCUCAUAGGUAAAUUAUAAAUUUUCCCCAUUCUUUUUUAAAGUACUUGUUUUCUUGAUUCCUGAGUCUCAUGGCUAAUUUUGCCAUUUUGGCAGAGUCCAGCAGUUUGGACUCGUCAAACUCAUGCUGGUAGUUUCGUGAACACUAUCCAACCAUCUCGUCCUCUGUCGUCCCCUUCUCCUUGUGCCCUCCAUCUUUCUCAACAUUAGGGUCUUUUCCAGGGAGUCUUCUCUUCUCAUGAGGUAGCCAAACUAUUGGAGCCUCAGCUUCAGGAUCUGUCCUUCCAGUGAGCACUCAGGGCUGAUUUCCUUCAGAAUGGAUAUGUUUGAUCUGCUUGCAGUCCAUGGGACUCUCAAGAGUCUCCUCCAGCACCAUAAUUCAAAAGCAUCAAUUAUUCGGCGAUCAGCUUUCUUUAUGGUCCACCUUUCACUUCCAUACAUCACUACUGGGAAAACCAUAGCUUUUACUGUACGGACCUUUGUUGGCAAGGUGAUGUCUCUACUUUUUCAUUAUAUACCAUUUCCCAAAAUGAUACUGUUAUCUUACAUGACCACCACAUAUAGCAAAAGAUACCCGCUUGUUCUGUACAUUUCCAGCAGAUAUUUGAACUUACUCUAUACGUUUUAGAUAACUUACUAGGAGUCAAAUACCACCAGCACAUCAUUUUCAUGUAGUUUUCUUUCAAUGUACAGCAAGCUGUGAAUUUCAGAUCUGUUUUCCAAAGCCUCUCCCAAUCUACCAUUUGUAUGUUAUGUCCUAAGUCCCUUUCCCAAGAACUAAGAGUUCUUUUUGAAAUUGUGAUGUCUCAUAACUAAAACCUUUCUUUUUGUCUAUCUUAAAGAUAUCGUUUAGUUGAUGGUACUGUAACCAGUCAGGUACAGCUUCCCUUAUCUCUUCAAAAUCGUUUAAUUUCAGUUGGUUUUCAACUUCAGUUAACACCUCUCUGUAAGUCGGCCAAUUACUUCUCAUAUUCAAUUUUUUUUUCAGAGAUAUUGCUUCCAAGGGGGAAAGCCACCAGGGUGUUUUUACUGAAGCAAAUUUUUAUACUUCUCCCAUACCCUAAACAUUGGUUUUCUUACUAUAUGAUUCUGAAAAGCUCUAUGCACCUUGGCCUUUUCCUACCAUAAAUAUGCAUGCUAUACAUUAUUUGUGUCCUUCCAGAUCUAAAAUACAGUAUCUGUGUUUUCUAAUGUAAUCCAUUCCCGGUUCUAGCAGAUACAGGAUGCUUCAUAAUAAAGUUUCAAAUCCGGCAGGGUGAAACCUCCUCUCUCUCUUACAUCUGUUAAUAAUUUAUUUUUUAUACUUGGUUUCGUCCCUUGUCUGAUAAACCUAGAUAUAUCUUCUUGCCAUUUUUCAAAGCAUCCUGUGUUGCCUAUUGCCUGGACUGCUUAGAAUAAAAAUAACAUUUUUGGCAAUACAUUCAUUUUUAUUACUGAUAUUCCUCCCCAAAAUGAUAAAUUCAUUCUUCCCCAUAUCUCUAAAGCUCUUUUUAUUUCUUUCCACUCAUUCUUGUAAUUGUCCUUAAAAAUAUUAAUAUUCUUAGCUAUCAAACAGAUAUCCCAGUAUUUGACUUUGUUAUGUAUAACUAACUCUGUUUUCUGUUGUAAUUUCUUUUGGUCUUGCUCCAUUGUGUUUUUUACCAAAAACUUAGAAUCAUAGAAUCAUAGAGUUGGAAUAGACCACAAGGGCCAUCGAGUCCAACCCCAUGCCAAGCAGGAAACACCAUCAAAGCACUCCUGACAUAUAGUUGUCAAGCCUCUGCUUAAAGACCUCCAAAGAAGGAGACUCCACCACACUCCUUGGCAGCAAAUUCCACUGUCGAACAGCUCUUACUGUCAGGAAGUUCUUCCUAAUGUUUAGGUGGAAUCUUCUUUCUUGUAGUUUGGAUCCAUUGCUCCGUGUCUGCUUCUCUGGAGCAGCAGAAAACAACCUUUCUCCCUCCUCUAUAUGACAUCCUUUUAUAUAUUUGAACAUGGCUAUCAUAUCACCCCUUAACCUCCUCUUCUCCAGGCUAAACAUGCCCAGCUCCCUUAGCCGUUCCUCAUAAGGCAUCGUUUCCAGGCCUUUGACCAUUUUGGUUGACCUCCUCUGGACACGUUCCAGUUUGUCAAUGUUCUUCUUGAACUGUGGUGCCCAGAACUGGACACCGUACUCCAGGUGAGGUCUGACCAGAGCAGAAUACAGUGGCACUAUUACUUCCCUUGAUCUAGAUGCUAUACUAAUGAUGCAGCCCAGAAUUGCAUUGGCUUUUUUAGCUGCCGCGUCACACUGUUGGCUCAUGUCAAGUUUGUGGUCAACCAAGACUCCUAGAUCCUUUUCACAUGUACUGCUCUCAAGCCAGGUGUCACCCAUCUUGUAUUUGUGCCUCUCAAUUUUUUUGCCCAAGUGCAAUACUUUACAUUUCUCCCUGUUAAAGCUCAUCUUGUUUGUUUUGGCCCAGUUCUCUAAUCUGUCAAGGUCGUUUUGAAGUGUGAUCCUGUCCUCUGGGGUGUUAGCCACCCCUCCCAGUUUGGUGUCAUCUGCAAAUUUGAUCAGGAUGCCCUUGAGUCCAUCAUCCAAGUCGUUGAUAAAGAUGUUGAAUAAGACCGGGUCCAAGACAGAACCCUGUGGCACCCCACUAGUCACUCUUCUCCAGGAUGAAGAGGAACCAUUGAUGAGCACCCUUUGGGUUCAGUCAGUCAGCCAGUUACAAAUCCACUGAGUGGUAGCAUAGUCAAGACCGCAUUUUACCAGCUUCUUUACAAGAAUAUCAUGGGGCACCUUGUCGAAUGCCUUGCUGAAAUCAAGGUAGGCUACAUCCACUGUGUUCCCUUCAUCUACCAGGCUUGUAAUUCUGUCAAAAACGAGAUCAGGUUAGUCUGACAUGACUUAUUUUUCAGAAAUCCAUGCUGACUAUUGGUGAUCACAGCAUUCCUUUCUAGGUGCUCACAGACUGUUUGCUUAAUGAUCUGCUCCAGAAUCUUCCCUGGUAUUGAUGUCAGACUGACUGGGCGAUAAUUAUUUGGGUCCUCUCUUUUCCCCUUUUUGAAAAUAGGGACAACAUUUGCCCUCCUCCAGUAUGCCGGGACUUCGCCUGUUCUCCAGGAAUUCUCAAAGAUGACUGCCAGUGGUUCUGAGAUCACAUCUGCCAGUUCUUUUAAUACUCUUGCAGUUCAUCUGGCCCUGGAGAAUUGAAUACAUCUAAACUAGCCAAGUAUUCUUGUACUAUCUCCUUAGUUAUUCUGGGCUGUGUUUCCUCUGCUGAAUCAUUUGCUCCAAAUUCUUCAGGUCGGGCAUUGUUUUCUUUAUCGGAGAAGACUGAGGCAAACAAGGCAUUGAGUAGUCUUAUUCUUGUUUAGUUUAAAGCCCCUGGCCUGCCCGAAGUCCUGUAUCUUUUCUACCACCUUUGGUGGAGUAUUUAUGGAAUCCUUCACUGUAAUUACAAGGUGAACUGUGAAAGCUUUUAAUUUAUAUGCUUUAUUUUCUACUGUUAUUCCUGUAAUUAAUUUCUCUACUUUGUCUCCCUCGCCAGGGCCUCUAAUACCAAAAUAAAUAAUAAUGGUGAUAGGGGAUAUCCUUGUCUUGUCCCCUUCCUUAUUUUACACUUUUCUGUUAUCACCAUAUUAACAAUCAGCAUAGACUGUUGGUAGAAAUAAAUUGCAUCAAUUCCUCUCCCAAAUGCUUCCUCAAAAUUCAUUUUUUCUUUUAUCUUUUUCAUAAAAGCCCAUGAAACAUUAUCAAAAGCCUUUUCAGCAUCUAUAAACAUUAAGCCCGCUUUUUUCUCAAUUUUUACUUCCAAGUAUUGAAUAAUAUCAAUUAUAUUCCUUAUAUUUGUCGGGAUUCAAGCCUAUAUGAGUAGUAACUGGCAACUCUCCAGGCACCCGGCUUGAUCUCCUGUUAACCUCCUUGUCUGCAUUCCUCAGCGAGAUCCAGGCAGAGGUCGCGAUAGGCGAUCCUUCUCAGCGUGAGAAGAACACCCCCCCUCUUUCUUGCCCCCCCAGCAGGGGAAAGAGAUAGACAGAAACGUAUUUACAUGCCUUUAUUUCUGUCUUUGCAGCAUUACAAAAAACAUGACUGCUCUCUUCAAGCUCCAGCAGUCGAAUGACAAACACUUCCUGUACUUCCUGUACAGCUCAUAUUACACUCUGAGCUAAUUCCGGUGCUUCACACUGAAUUGACUGUCCCUCUGUUUCCCACGGACAGUCCCAACAUCAUGUGAUGUUUUCAAGCUAGCAGCUCGCAGCUGCAUUGCUUCUAUAUCGUAACAAUAUUUUCCUUCAUCUGACGUCCUGGUAGAAAGCAGGCCUGAUUGUGAUGAAUUUUUUCUGCUAAAACACCUUUCAUUCUAUUGCCCAAAAUAUGAGCAAUACUCUAAAUGGAGUAUUUUUCUCGCCUUUUAGUUCAAGAAUUAUUGAUUUGUGGUCCAAAAGUGUUCUUAGUUGUAUUUCUGCAUUUUUAAUCUAUGGAAUUCCAUCCUACAGGAAUGAUGGCCAACAAUUUGGAUAGCUUGAAAAAAGAGGAUUAGACUGACGUCUCUGCUCUGCCCUCGUGGUCCUAGGCAAUUAUGCUUCUUAAUACUAGUUCCUGGAAAGCACAGGAAGGUAGAGGGCUCUUGUACUCAAAUCCGGCUUGCUGGUUUCCCACAGGCAUCUAGCUGGCCAAUGUGAGAACAGGAUGCUGGACUAGGUGGGCCUUUUCCCAAUCAAGCAAGCUCUUCUUAUGUUCUAAUACAGGCAUCCCCAAACUUGGCCCUCCAGAUGUUAAGGACUACAACUCCCAUCAUCCCUAGCUAACAGGACCAGUGGUCAGGGCUGAUGGGAAUUGUAGUCCCAAAACAUCUGGAGGAUGUUUGGGGAUACUAAUAUAUUGGAAUAUUUUUACAGUUACAUGUGGCAAAGUAACACUUCAGUUUUCUUAGUCAUAGGAGAGACUGCUACUCGAACCUGUGAUCAUUUCCUCCCUGGAAAAAGAGAAAUACAGAGAUGUGUCUAAGAAGCCAAUUCCACCAUAGAUUAUAAAAUAAUGCAGUUUAUUAAGUGUGAAUGGAAUGACCAUGUGUUGUUCUUGCCAUUAUCUCAUCUGCAUUCCUAAAAGUUUGGAACAUAGAUAGGACAGUGGAGAAAGGAGACAGUGUUAAAAUAGGAGAAGGUGCAUAUUGCGAUUGAAGUGUGUUCAGUUCCUUUCUUGUAAGUCUUAACAGGAUUCUCUUCCCCUUCCUCCCCACUCCCAAACAGCUGAGGAACAUGAUGGCCAGAAUUCUAUGGAGCCAUCUGUGAAUUCAUUGGGAAGAACAAAGAAACAGUUUAAAUGCCUGGAACGUGGGAUGUGCUUUAGUCACAGUGGAAGACUGAGGACACAUCAACAAAUCCACAUAGAGGAGAAACCAUUUAAAUGUACUGACUAUCGAAAGAGCUUCAGGGACAAUGGAACUCUUAGAAAACAUCAACGAACUCACACAGGGGAGAAACCAUUUGAAUGUAUUGAAUGUGGAAAGAGCUUCGGUAAAAAUGGAGCACUAAGAACACACCAACGAACUCACACGGGGGAAAAACCAUUUGAAUGUACUGAAUGUGGAAAGUGCUUUAGUCGAUAUGGAACACUUAGAAUGCACGAACGAACUCACACAGAGGAGAAACCAUUUAAAUGUAUUGAAUGUGGAAACAGCUUCAAUCAAAAUGGAAACCUUAGAAUACAUCAACGAACUCACACAGGGGAAAAACCAUUUGAAUGUACUGAAUGUGGAAAGUGCUUCAGUCGAUAUGGAACACUUAUAAUACACCAACGAACUCACACGGGGGAGAAACCAUUUGCAUGUAUUGAAUGUGGAAAGAGCUUCAGUCAAUAUGGAACACUUAAAAUACACCAACGAACUCACACGGGGGAGAAACCAUUGAAAUGUAUUGAAUGUGGAAAGGGCUUCAGUGAAAGUGGAGCACUUAGAAGACAUCUACAAACUCACAUAGAAGAGAAACCUUUUAAAUGUAUUGCAUGUGGAAAGGGCUUCAGUAAGAGUGGAGACCUUACAAUACACCAAGGAACUCACAUGGGGGAGAAACCAUUUAAAUGUAUUGAAUGUGGAAAGAGCUUCUGUAGAAGUGGGACACUUAGAAGACAUCAACGAACUCACAUGGGGGAGAAACCUUUUAAAUGUAUUGAAUGUGGAAACAGCUUCAGUCAAAGUGGAGCACUUAGAAUACACCAACGAACUCACACGGAGGAGAAACCAUUUAAAUGUUUUGAAUGUGGAAAGAGCUUCAGUAGAAGUGGACACCUUAGAGUACACCAACGAACUCACACGGGGGAGAAACCAUUUGCAUGUAUUGAAUGUGGAAACAGCUUCAGUCAAAAUAGAUACCUUAGAAUACAUCAACGAACUCACACGGGGGAGAAACCAUUUAAAUGUGUUGAAUGUGGAAAGAGCUUCAGUCACAGUGGACACCUUAGAAGACACCAACAAACUCACACGGGGGAGAAACCAUUUGCAUGUAUUGAAUGUGGAAACAGCUUCAGUCAAAAUGAAUACCUUAGAAUACAUCAACGAACUCACACGGGGGAGAAACCAUUUAAAUGUAUUGAAUGUGGAAAGAGCUUCAGUAGAAGUGGACACCUUAGAGUACAUCAACGAACUCACACGGGGGAGAAACCAUUUGAAUGUAUUGAAUGUGGAAAGAGCUUCAGUCAAAAUGUAAUACUUAGAAGACAUCUACAAACUCACAUAGAGGAGAAACCAUUUAAAUGUAUUGAAUGUGAAAAGAGCUUCAGUAAAAGUGGACACCUUAGAAUACACCAGCGAACUCACACGGGGGAGAAACCAUUUAAAUGUACUGAAUGUGGAAAAAGGUUCAACAGGACGGAUAAACUUACAUUACAUUGGCAAACUCACACAGCGGAGAAGCUUUAGUCAAUAUGGAACCUUAGGAAAUAUCCACUAAUUUACAUGGGGAGGUCUUAAUACAGUGGUACCUAGGGUUAAGUACUUAAUUCGUUCCGGAGGUGUAUUCUUAACCUGAAACUGUUCUUAACCUGAAGCACCACUUUAGCUAUUCGGGCCUCCUGCUGCCGCCACGCCACCACCACACGAUUUCGAUUCUUAUCCUGAAACAAAGUUCUUAACCCGAGGUACUAUUUCUGGGUUAGCGCUGUCUGUAACCUGAAGCUUAUGUAACCUGAAGCAUAUGUAACCCGAGGUACCACUGUAUAGUACUUUCUAGAGCAGUUUCUCAACCUGUGGACCCCCAGAUGUUGCUGAACUGCAACUCCCAUCACCCCUAGCUAGCAAGGCCAGAGCUCAGGGAUGAUGGGAGUUGUAGUCCAACAACAUCUGGGGACCCGCAAGUUGAGAACCGCUGCUCUAGAAGGUUUUCUGUUGUAAUUAUUAGAUUGUCUGCGAAGGCUCCGACCUUAUAGGCCCUUUGUCCAACUUUAAUUCCUUCUAUUCUAGGGUCUUCUCUUAUUGCUUUCAAAUACACUUCCAGAAGUGUGAUAAAGAGGAGAGGAGAAAGAGGGCAGCCCUGUCUUGUUCCCUUAGAUAUAUUAAAAGCUUCUGAUGUUUCACCAUUUAUAAUUAGUCUGACCUGUUGGGAAUUAUAAAUCGCUUUUAUACCACUACAUAUUUUCUCACCCAAACAUCAUUUCCAAAGUGUUUUGCAUGAAUGCCCCCAAAACAUGAUCCAAUGCUUUCUCCGCAUCCACCAAGAUCAGGGCUGCCUUUUUAUCUGCUCUCAUUUCUAGGUAUACUAUUGUAUCUACUACCAAUCUUACGUUGCUGUAAAUUUGUCUUGGUCUAUAAAUCUUAAUUUACUCUAAAUUGGGUCCAUAUUUCAGUAUCAAUGUAAUUAGGGCCUCUUGUCAUUAUUCUGGCACUUGUCCUCCUUCUAAAAUUUUGUUCAUUAUUUUUUCUAACAUUGGUAAUAUGAUCUCUUCCAUUUUUUUUGUAAUUCAUUAAAGAAAUGCCAUCCGCACCAGGGACUUUACCAUUCUUAGAAGUCACAAUUCCUUCUUUUAUUUCAUUAAUAUUAAUAGGGGCAUUUAAGUAUUUCUAUUCUUUCUCUUAUUUUUGUGGCAGUCAACCACAAAGAAUCUUGAGGCAGGUUACACAUUUAUUCCAGUUCAGUCUUUGGUUAUUGACAUUUCUAUCCCACAACCCUAUCCACCUAGCAGACUGCCUCUGUCCCCUGGCCCUACAAGCCCAUCAGUAACAUUUUCUGUAGAGACACUGGGGAUUGUUCCAGGACACUUGUCACUUGAUGACAAUGCAGAAGGAGGCCACCUUGGUACACCCAGAAGAUACCAGAUGUUGGUUGUAGUUACGUCUAUACAAAGUGCAUAGCCUUUGACCCUCCAUAGAGAAAUGGGGAGGAAUGAGGAGCCUGAAUAGCUGACUAGUAGGAAAUGUACCCUGGUAAGCUUCUGUCAGUUCUUGAAGGGGCUUUGUAUCAUUUAACUUCAAAAUGUGGGAAAUGUUUGUGGGGCCUCCUCCUCCCCCUGUUGCUGCUGCUGAGUGGGGCCCUGGAUAUCUGCCCCAAACGUUUGCCUGGAUGGUAGCAGGAUGGGAGAAGUCAAGUGCCCAGAAUAAAAAAGGAAAAGUAUUUUCUGCAUCUUUUCUUGAACAAAAUGGGUAUGUCUGAAACCUCAGACAAAGUUCAUGUUGACAGUAUCUAAAUCUAACCCAAUUAAUAUAUUUAUUACUGCUGAUACAAAGAUAAAUCCAAUAUAAUGUGCUCCGAAACAAACACUUUAACCAGAUGAUCUUGCCUUCUGUGAGGUGGGGCAAGAUGCUGAGGGAAUCUAUUCUAUCGGGGGGGGGGGGAGCUCAGUGCACCCAGAAGAUUCCAGUUGUGGGUUGUAGUUGCAUCUAUACAAAGUGCAUAGCCUUUGCCCCUCCAUAAAGAAAUGGGGAGGAGACAAGAGCUGGAAUAGCUGACCAGAAGGAAAGGUAACCUGGGAACUUCAUGUUGAUCAACCACCUCAGCUCCCUGACCCCAAUAAAAGACCAGUCCAGGGAGGCAGGUGAGCAUUACAGCUACACCCCACAUUAUGCUCUCCAGUAGCUAUUCCUUCAGCCAGGCCUAUUUUCAUUCAGUUCUUAGUGUGUCCAUGGGUGGGUGUGUUUUACGCUUCCUUUCCCCCCUUCCUUGCAGUCCUAACAAAAACUAACCUCCACGCCAAUGCUUUCAGCCCCAGAAGAGGAGCUCCCCUUGGUGUCAAGGGAGGGGGGGUUCAAGGGAGCAUCUGGAGCCCUGCCAUUCCUUCUGUCCCUGGCCCCUUCCCCUCCUCUCUCUGCCAUCCCAGGGCCACUCCUGACUCCCCAGCAUGAGACUGGAUCUGUCUGUGAUGGUGAGAUGUCCUGGCUGGUUGAAGGACCACUUCCUGUUUCCUGGAGCUCCAUCCUUCUUUCUCAUGCAAGGUGGAGUCAUGAAGCAGGUGGAGACUGAGCACACCUAAGGGUGACCGGGGGGGGGGGAUUCUGCUUAACCUUUCCCCGUCUGCUCCGUUUCUGGAUCAAAAUCCCCAGCUAAUCUGUCAAACUGCUGCUGCUGCUGCCUGUCACUGUUCCUGUGUCUCUGGAGUGUUUCUUUGAGGAGAAUACAGGACACUGCAAAAGACAUUGUGUGUAUUGAGUGUGCAAUAAGGUAGACAGAGGCUGAGCCCUCCCUGUAAUGCAAACAGGGAGACUUCUGUCCAGGAGAUUUCUGUAUAAAAAAUUCUUUGCUGAGGUGGAAGUGGGGACUAAGUGUUAUGUAUUGAAGUUCUCACCCUGGCCAGCAGGGGUAUUGUGUGUGUAUAGUUUUCACUCGGGUCCACAUCAGUCAAUUUAGGCGGGAAACCCUGGGUUGCUGAGCUGUUUGCUGUUCAGUUCAGUUCCAGCUUACUAUAAAGAACCACUUGGAGAAAUCUCUGUGGCGUCUGCUAUGUCCACCCACAAUUUAAUACUAAGUGAGAUUGGAGUAGAACCAUGUUUGCAUGAACAUGAGAAGGCAAAAUAUGUUCUCCAUUUAAAUAUUUAUUAAAAUAAUUUAUUCAGUUACCCAGAAGAGUUAUUAGGUUUUUUUUGCUGUAAGCUACUUCAUACAUUGUAAGAAGUGGGUCCUGAGACCCUUGAUCCCCUUCCUUAAAAUACCAUCUGAAGAAUACUGGAGAAGCAAAUAAAGAGUUUAUUGAGGACAAUAGGUAAAGGUAAAGGGACCCCUGACCGUGAGGUCCUGUUGAGGAUGACAAUGGGGCUGCGGUGCUCAUCUCACUUUACUGGCCGAGUGAUACGGAGGGGGAGAUACCUUCCCGCAUCCCUCCGCCAGCCACCAAAGGGGUCCGAGGCGAUGACCUCAACGGCGCCCAGCUUUGCCCUGACCCCUCAGCCCCCACACCGUUACACAAGCACCACAUUAUACCCCUGGCCUCUUAAAUAAAAUGCCUAUCCCUCUCUCUCUAUACGGGCGAAAUAAGCCCACCAUCUUUCCCUAAGCCUCCCUCCCGCUCUAUCUCUAUCAUGGGUUGACCGUAUCAAACUGCGCUCCCAUUUGUUUCAAUGGAAACCGCGUUCCCAUUCGUUUCAAUGGCCGCGUCCCAGCCAAUCAGAACCAUGCAUCCGCUCUGCAGAUUCAGCUCAGCGAGCCCCUACACGCCUCAUUUAACCUCUUGACAAGCUACUGGCGGCUCCCUGCUGGGGGAACAAUGGAAUCGAAACUCAUGGACUCCAUGUAUCCAUUUCGUUUCCGACUUCAAUCACUGACAUAAGACUGGAACAGAACGGACUAAAACUUCUAAAAUUCAUAUUAAUUCAACCACAGCUCUGAUUUCCUUGGUUUUGGUGCCAAUCGACUCAGUUUAUUCAGGACUCCAUGACACCUCCUCGGCCUCCAUAAUCCCUCGAGCGAGGAGUCACGUACUCAGGAAGACCCUAAUCCGGCCAAGUCGCUUUGCCCAAGCUUUCCUCCGGGCAACGCCAGGUGCUAGACCUUGCAUACUUGGACUAUUGACUCUGCAUACUUGGACUAUUGUCUUCUCAUCACCGGUAGUCAGGAAGCGCUUAUCUGCACAUAUCUCUGACUCUGCAUAUUCCCCCCCCCCACUGUAUAUGUUAAUCUGUGUAACUCAACCCCUCUCUAAUGUAUUCAUGAUGUCACCUGUGUAACCCAACCUAUUUCUAAUGUAUUCAUGACGCAAUAAUGAUGUAUUUUGCACUGUAUUCUGGGACAUGGAGGGAAGUUUCAAAAACUCCUGUCACCCCUUUCUCGGGGUUCAAUCUCGCCUUGAACCUGUUGCGCAAUAAACUUGGAUCUUCUGUAGUUUGCUCCUGCGUCCGGCUGAGCUCAUUUUCCUCCGCAGGGACCUGCGGACUUAGUCCAACGAGCUGGGUGGCAGAGUAACCCCGCACCCAGAUUUUUCCGUAACACCGAGGGAGCCAGCAUGACUAAGCCGCUUCUGGCGAACCAGAGCAGUGCACGGAAACGCCAUUUACCUUCCCGCUGGAUUAAGAUAAAUUUAUUGUCAUUGUCCGUAUAUACACAGUAUACACAACAACGAAAAUCAAACACCCACCCAAAGACCGGGUUCACAUACACAUUUGCACGUAUCUCCAACACUCUCAUCCUAUUCAGACAUAAUCUAUAAAAACAUAUCAUACUCCAGAAUGUAACAUAACCUAUUAAAAGCAUAACAUAACCUAAAAACCUGUCUCAUUCCUUCCUACUCCCUGCUUGCUAUUUCUUGCAACUGGCCCUGAGAUCAUUAUUUAGUGCAAUCAGAGCUCUUGGAUAGAAACUAUUCAGAAGGCGUGUGGUUCGUGUUUUCAUUGUCCUAUAUCUUCUGCCCGAAGGCAACAGUUCAAAGAAGUUGUGAGCAGGAUGGGUGGGAUCUCUCAGGAUAUUGUGUGACUUCUUCAAAGUGCGAGACGUGAAGAUCUCAUCCAGGGUUGGUAGUUGGAGCCCAAUAACAUUCUGGGCAAUUUUAAUUAUUCUCUGUAAUGCUGUUUUUUCCGUUUCAGAGCUGCUCCCAUACCACGAUAAUAUACUAUAGGUUAAGACACUCUCGAUGGUACUGUGAUAAUAGGACAGAAGUAGGUGCUGAGAUAGAUUCAGUCCCCUGAGCAUUCUCAGGAAAUACAACCUCCCCUGCACCUUCCUCACAACCAUAUUAAUAUUUGCAGUCCAUGAGAGGUCCUCAGAGAUGUAAAUGCCCAGGUAUUUAAAACUACCAACCCUCUCCACCUCCUCGCCAUUUAUGUGCAAUGGUAAAAAUACACUUUUCUUUCUCCUAAAGUCAAUUAUGAGUUCUUUGGUUUUUUUGGUGUUAAGCAUAAGAUUGUUUUCUUUACACCAUUGAAUUAACCCCUGUACUUCUUUCCUAUAAGCAGUCUCAUCGUUCUCACUAAUGAGCCCCACCACUGUUGUAUCAUCCGCAAAUUUGAUGAUUGUGUUGGACUUAUACAGUGGGGUAUGUAAUAAAAAAAUUUAAGGUCUUAUAUAUAUAAUAAAUGUUCAUAAAUGUACCAACCAAACAUAUACAUAGAUAUGUGGACCACAUGUCUGGAGCAGCACAGGAAAAGCAACAACAUUCAAAUUUCUGUUGUAGACCGCCUUUUCUGUGAUGUAUGUAUGAUGUAUGGAGGGGUGGUCUUGAGCUCCAGGGCAGGGAAUUUAAAAGGGCUAUAUAAGGGCAGGCACACCUUUGUUCUGGGUCCUCCUCCGUUCUCCUCCAUGUGAGGGGAGCAACCUGUUGCAACAUUUCAAUAAAGAUCAGGCUUACUAGCUGCUUUGCUUCUCAAUAGUCUCUGGUUGGCCUCUGUUAUUUUCUCCUACUGAUGGAGAACCGGCAAAGGACUCUAUAAAGGCUCUUGUGGCCCCCUUAAAAGCAUAAGGGCAGAUUUUGUUUACAACAGGUACCUAUUUAUCUUCUUGCACUUUGUGCUUUCCAAUUGCUAGGAUGGCAGGAGAAGAAACAGAGCAAUGGGAGCUCACUCCUUCGCGGGGAUUCAAACUGCCAACCUUCUGAUCGGCAAGCCCUAGGCUCUGGGCUUUGACUCACAGUUCCAGCCGCGUCCCUUAUUGAGGACAAUACGUUCUUGCAAAAGUGGGGGUCCAAAGCAGGCACAGUCCAGCAAAGAAUGAGCUUACAGUAUGUUCCCUAUGCACACGUUCCCUCCCUCGCCUUCCCAUUGGUUGGGUGCUACAAGGUUUUCCUUCCCCCAAUUAUCAAGUAACAGACAAGAGGCUGAGCGUGGAGAGAAACGUCUCCUUUUUGUGAUUCUUGAUGUCGGAUUACCAAACUUAAAACCAUGGAGAGACCUGGUUUGAACAAAGACAUUGGAUUCUUAUCUCAUUAUACAUGACUAAGCCAUUUUUCACCUUCUCACCCCUUGCCUUUUCCUGUAAGACCUAUUGCAGUCGUUAAGAGUCGUCAACAGGCUCAUCUCAGCUAUCUGCCAAUCUCCCAUUCCCACCACCCUUCUGAGUAAUACCCCUCCCCACCUUCUCACUAUGUAGGAGGAUCUGGCAACUUCUGUUUCAGUGUAUCUGAAGAAGUGUGCAUGCACACGAAAGCUCAUACCAAGAACUAACUUAGUUGGUCUUUAAGGUGCUACUGGAAGGAAUUUUCUUAUUUUGACUAUGGCAGACCAACACGGCUACCUAUCUGUAACUGAAAAUGGGCAGGGGCUCUUGGGAAGGGGUCUUUUUGUAUGCAACAACUGCAGUAAGGAUGCUGAUUGCCAAGGGAUAGAAAGGAGAUAAAAUUCCAUCAGAAGAGGAGUGGCAAGUAAAAAUCCUUCAGUAUAUAGAAGUAGCACAGAUGACGGAAAAGAUAAGAAAUCGAUCGACCCAAAAGUUUAAAAGGGAAUGGGAGCUCUAUAGACAAUAUUUAAAAGAACAGUGUCCCCUUAUAAAAACUUUAAAAUGCUUUGAAUAACUCUCAGAAUUGAAUAAGGUACAAAGAAUUCAGACAAGAUUUAACAAAGAUAAAGUUUAUUGAAAAAUAGAGGCAAGUAAUUAAGAAAAUUGCCAACCUAGAGGUUCGAAAGCACAUCAAAAGUAGAUAAAGAGGUACCGCUCUGGCAGGAGGGUAAAUGGCGUUUCCGUGCGCUGCUCUAGUUCGCCAGAAGCAGCUUAGUCAUGCUGGUCACAUGACCCAGAAGCUUAGUGCAGACAAAUGCCGGCUCCCUCGGCCAGUAAAGCGAGAUGAGCAUUGCAACCCCAGAAUCAUGCGUGACUGGACUUAAUGGUCAAGGGUACCUUUACCUAAUUAAGAAAAUAAAUAACCUAUAUCAAGGAAGUCGGAAGUUGAUGGCUGGAAUAAUUUUGUGCAUUUGUGAUGUAUUGUUCUAUUUCUUUUUGUAAGAAAUGUAUUGUGCUUUUUUGUUUUGUUUCUUUUCCUAUUUAUAAGCUUUUGGUGUGUGUGUGUGUGUGUUGAUUUUAAACCAAUAAAGAUUGAAUAAACAAAAUAAAAUAAAUAAAAAAGGAAAGGAGGUGAUGAAAGGAAUUGCCAAAGGUGUUUGAAAAUGGGUGGGGGCUCUUGGGAAGGGGGUGCCCAAUUGGGGCUUCUCCAGGGGCAGCAGAAUGUCUUGGGCAGGAGAAUCCCUGCAGGGGCUCUCAGACUCCCUUGGCUGCUUCUUCUCUCCCUCCCAGGAAGCCUCAACUUGCUCUGGCUUCUGCGCUCUUCAGGAAGCUGAACCUGCAAACCUAGCUGAGACUGAACCUGCAACCCUGGCCAGGAUGGAAGGAGGAAGAUGGACGGCUGACCUGGUCAGGCUGUCGCCCGCAUCCCUCCCCACAACCUCUGAGCAUUCCCUCCCAGGACCCUUGGAGAAAUCUGGUGAGUUCCAGGGGAGAGGAGAUGGGGACAGGGAUAGAUGGAAGGCGGCGGGAGAAAGAGGAAAAGAUGGAGAGGAGACAAAUGGAAGGAAGUUCCUGACAGGAAGAAGGAAGGGGUGAGGCCUUCUCCAAAGCAGCUCUUUGUUUCUUGAAUCCCUUUCAUAAAGUAGUGGGGGCAGAUUUUCUCCCUCCAGGAUUUUAAAUCUUAGGAGUUACAGUGGUACCUCGGGUCUCAAACUUAAUCGGUUCCAGAAGUCUUCCAAAACCAAAGCGAUCCAAAACCAAGGCGUGCUGUCCCGUAGAAAGUAAUGCAAAAUGGAUUAAUCCAUUCCAGACUUUUAAAAACAACCCCUAAAACAGCAAUUUAACAUGAAUUUUACUAUCAAACAAGACCAUUGAUCCAUAAAAUGAAAGCAAUAAUCAAUGUUCUGUACCAUAAAAUAAAUAAGACAGUAUUGUAGAUGAUAAAAAUUAAAAUUAUUAUUUUUUUCGUACCUGCAUUGAUGAUAGUCAUUGUUUGAAUGGGGAGCUUUUAUCCCUUUCCACAGUCAAUCAAUCAAUCAAUCAAUCAAUCAAUCAUAAAACAAAAAACAAGCUUCAGUCAAAAAUGAAAAAGCCACAAAAACAAAAACCCCAAAAAUAGGAAAAAACUAAAGCAGCAAAUGUCACCUCAGAACACUGCAACCAGAAACGGCUUGAAUAUUGAUUGGGGGGGCCAUAAAUUAGCUGUCCAAGGGAACGAAUGGGAUGAAAAAAACCUUGAUUACGAUGGAGACGACUUAAAUUAGCUGUUCAAGGGUAAAACGGAAUGAAAAAAAGCCUUAAUUAGGGUGGGGGGGCACUUAAAUUUGCUGCGCAACAGUAAAAAUGGAAGUUCCAGAGGGUUACGUAACACGAGUCACCACUGUAUACAUACAUUCUCCACAAUUUUCAUUUAUCUAAAUUGCCCAUAAACUUAUUUACAAGUGAUUCCUAAAGUCCAGCUAACGUUUUGAUUUGUGUGCAAUAAUCUCAUAGGUAAAUUAAAAAAUUUUCCAAAUCUUUUUUAAAGUCCUUGUUUUCUUGAUUCCUGAGUCUCGCGGCUAAUUUUGCCAUUUCGGCAGAGUCCAGCAGUUUGGCUUGCCAAUCUUCCCUCGUUGGGAUUAUUGCACCUUUCCAUCGUUGGGAUAAUAACAUCUGUGCAGCUGUUGUCGCAUACAUAGUCUUUCCUGGUCUUUUGGGAUCUCAGUACCUGUAAUUCCAAAUAAAUAAGCUUCUAGGUUCUUAACAAAUUUUAUUUUAAACAUUUUUUUAAAAAUUCAUUAUAUACCAUUUACCCAAAUGAUACUGGAAUGUGGAAUGUGGAGUUAACCAGGGCUAUUGACUGUUUGGCUCCGAAGCGCCCUCUCCGAUUGCAUGGAGCCCGGGCAGCCCCGUGGUUUUCCACGGAUCUGAGGGCAAUGAAACAAUCAUUGAGACGGCUAGAGCGCCGGUGGCGGAUAACUCAUUCCAAAUCUGACCGGACACAGGUUAGAGCUCAGCGUCGAGCCUACCAAGUGGCGAUAGCGACAGCGAAGAAGACUUUCUUCGCCGCCUCUAUUGCAUCUGCAGAAAACAGCAGCAGGAGACUUUUUCAGGUGGUUCACAAUUUAGCGGAACCACCUGCGACAUUGGGGCCCAGUACUGCAAUGAUUUCGCAAAGUUUUUUGCAGAUAAAAUCGCUCAGAUUCGGGAAGAAGUAGACUCCACCGUGGGAGCAGGGCCAGGGUGGGAGAGUGCUAGAGUCCUGUCUAGUCAAGUUGUGUGGGAUCAAUUCCAAUCUGUUACCUCUGAGGAUGUGGACAGGCUGCUUGGACGAGUGAAACCAACCACCUGUCUCCUUGAUCCUUGCCAAUCCUGGCUUAUAAAAGCUAGCCGGGAAGGACUGGGCGAUGGGCUUCGUGGGGUGGUGAAUGCUUCCCUCCGUGAGGGAGCCUUCCCAGACCCGCUGAAAGAGGCGGUUAUUAAACCGCUUCUUAAAAAUCCAUCUUUAGAUGCGGCCACGAUGGCCAAUUAUCGCCCAGUCUCAAAUCUUCCAUUCUUGGGCAAGGUGAUUGAGCGAGUGGUUGCUGAACAACUCCAGGCACGCCUGGAAGAAGCGGACCAUUUGGAUCCCUUCCAGUCGGGAUUCAGGCCUCAUCAUGGGACUGAAACUGCCUUGGUCGCACUGGUUGAUGAUCUCUGGCGGGCUAGGGACAAAAGUGAGAGCUGUUUCGUAGUUCUGCUGGCUCUCUCAGCGGCGUUUGAUACCAUCGACCAUAACAUCUUUCUGGACCGUCUUGAGGGGCUGGGAACUGGGGGCACUGUCAUACAGUGGUUCCGCUCCUUCCUCCUGGGCCGUGUUCAGAAAGUGGUGGUGGGGGAUGAGUGUUCAGACCCCUGGGCUCUCACUUGUGGGGUGCCUCAGGGUUCUGUCCUCUCCCCCAUGCUUUUCAACAUUUACAUGCAGCCACUGGGAGAGAUCAUCAGGAGGUUUGGGCUGGGUGUUCAUCAGUAUGCGGGUGAUACCCAGCUCUACCUCUCUUUUAAAUCAGAACCAGUGAAGGCAGUGAAGGUCCUGUGUGAGUGUCUGGAGGCGGUUGGAGGAUGGAUGGCGGCUAACAGAUUGAGGUUGAAUCCUGACAAGACACAAGUACUGUUUUGGGGGGACAGGAGGCGGGCAGGUGUGGAGGAUUCCCUGGUCCUAAAUGGGGUAACUGUGCCCCUGAAGGACCAGGUGCGCAGCCUGGGAGUCAUUUUGGACUCACAGCUGUCCAUGGAGGCACAGGUCAAAUCUGUAUCCAGGGCAGCUGUUUACCAGCUCCAUCUGGUAGGUAGGCUGAGACCUUAUCUGCCUGCAGACUGUCUCAUGCAUGCUCUGGUUAUCUCCCGCUUGGACUACUGCAAUGCGCUCUAUGUGGGGCUACCUUUGAAGGUGACCCGGAAACUACAACUAAUCCAGAACGCGGUAGUUAGACUGGUGACUGGGAGUGGCCACCGAGACCAUAUAACACCGGUCUUGAAAGACCUACAUUGGCUGCCAGUACAUUUCCGAGCACAAUUCAAAGUGUUGGUGCUGACCUUUAAAGCCCUAAACGGCCUCGGUCCAGUAUAUCUGAAGGAGCGCCUCCUCCCCCAUCUUUCUGCCCAGACAUUGAGGUCCAGUUCCGAGGGCUUUCUGGCGGUUCCCUCACUGCGAGAGGCCAAGUUACAGGGAACCAGGCAGAGGGCCUUCUCGGUAGUGGCGCCCGCCCUGUGGAACGCCCUCCCAUCAGAUGUCAAAGCGAUAAACAAUUACCUGACAUUCAGAAGACAUCUGAAGGCAGCCCUGUUCAGGGAAGUUUUUAAUAUGUGACAUUUUAGUGUAUUUUUCAUCUUUGUUGGAAGCCGCCCAGAGUGGCUGGGGAAACCCAGCCAGAUGGGCGGGGUACAAAUAAUAAAUUAUUAUUAUUAUUAUUAGAUAUUUGAACUUACUAGGAGUCAAAUACCAUCAGUACAUCAUUUUCAUGUAGUUUUCUUUCAAUGAACAGCAAGCUGUGAAUUUCAGAUCUGUUUUCCAAAGCCUCUCCCAAUCUGCCAUUUGUAUGUUAUAUCCUAAGUCCCUUUCCCAUUUCGUCAUAACUGAUUUGACCUGUUCAUCCUUUGUAUACCGUUCUAGGAGCAAGUUAUACAUUUUAGAGAGAUCUUUUUAUGUUACUUCCUAAGAGUUCUUUUUGAAAUCGUGAUGUCUCAUAACUAAAACCUUUCUAUUUGUCUAUCUUAAAGAUAUCAUUUAGUUGAUGGUACUGUAACCAGUCAGUUACAGCUUUCCUUAUCUCUUCAAAAUCUUUUAAUUUCAGUUGGUUUUCAACUUCAGUUAACAGCUCUGUAUAAGUCAGCCGAUUACUUCUCAUAUUCAAUUUUUUUCAGAGAUAUUGCUUCCAAGGGGGAAAGCCACCAGGGUGUUUUUUACUCAAGCAAAUUUUUAUACUUCUCCCAUACCCUACAAAUUGAUUUUCUUACUAUAUGAGUCUGAAAAGCUCUAUGCACCUUGGCCUUUUCCUACCAUAAAUAUGCAUUCUAUCCAUUAUUCUUGUCCUUCCAGAUCUGAAAUACAGUGUCUGUGUUUUCCAAUGUAAUCCAUUCCCGGUUCUAGCAGAUACAGGAUGUUUCAUAAUAAACUUUCAAACCCGGCAGGGCAAAACCUCCUCUCUCUCUUACAUCUGUUAAUAAUUUAUUUUUAAUCCUUGAUUUUGUCCCUUGGAUAGCUUGAAAAAGAGGAUUAGACUGAUGUCUGUGCUCUGCCCUCACGGUCCUAGGCAAUAAUGCUUCUUGAUACUAGUUCCUGGAAAGCACAGGAUGACAGGGGGCUCUUGUACUCAAAUCCGGCUUGCUGGUUUCCCACAGGCAUCUAGCUGGCCAAUGUGAGAACAGGAUGCUGGACUAGGUGGGCCUUUGCCCAAUCGAGCAGGCUCUUCUUAUGUUCUGAUACAGGCAUCCCCAAACUUGGCCCUCCAGAUGUUUUGGGACUACAACGUCCAUCAUCCCUAGCUAACAGGAACAGUGGUCAGGGCUGAUGGGAAUUGUAGUCCCAAAACAUCUGGAGGGCCAAGUUUGGGGAUGCCUGUUCUAAGAUAUUGCAAUAUUUUUACAGUUACUUGUGGCAGAGUAACACAAAAGUUUGACUUCUUAGUCACAGGAGAGACUGCUAUUUGAACCUGUGGGGAUUGUUACUUGCCCAUAACUGUUUGGGGAGAAAAUCAACCUUGUCUUAGGUUGGCAGAAUCUGGACAGUUAAAGUCCAGAACCAAGCAUUUGGACAUACGUUUCCAGAAUGUAUGUCAGCGUGUCCAAGCAGGUUGGAUACGUCUCAAGUAUUGUUCAAGCCAUAGUAACAUGAAAGUUUUACUUCUUAGUCAUAGGAGAGACUGCUAUUCGAGCCUGUGAUCAUUUCCUCCCUGGAAAAAGAGAAAUACUAUGGUACCUCAGGUUACAUUCACUUCAGGUUACAUACACUUCAGGUUACAGACUCUGCUCACCCAGAAAUAGAGCUUCAGGUUAAGAACUUUGCUUCAGGAUGAGAACAGAAAUAGCGCUCCGGUGGCGCAGCAGCAGCAGGAGGCCCCAUUAGCUAAAGUGCUGCUUCAGGUUAAGAACAGUUUCAGGUUAAGAACGGACCUCCGGAACGAAUUAAGUACUUAACCUGAGGUACCACUGUACAGAGAUGUGUCUAAGCAGCCAGUUCCACCAUAAAUUAUAAAAUAAUGCAGUUUAUUAAGUGUGAAUGGAGUGAUCAUGUGUUGUUCUUGCCAUUAUCUCACCUGCAUUCCUAAAAGUUUGGAACAUAGAGAGGACAGUGGAGAAAGGAGACGGUGUUAAAAUAAGAGAAGGUGCAUACUGGGACUGACAUGUAUUCAGUUCCUAUAUUGUCUUUCUUGAAAGUCUUAACAGGAUUCUCUUCCCCCUCCCCCACUCUCAAACAGGUGAGGAAGAUGAUGGCCAGAAUUCUAUAGAGCCAUCUGUGAAUUCAUUGGGAAAAACAAAGAAACAGUUUAAAUGCCUGGAAUGUGGGAUGUGUUUUAGUCACAGUGGAAGACUGAGGACACAUCAACGAAUUCACAUAGAGGAGAAACCAUUUAAAUGUACUGACUAUCAAAAGAAACAUCAAGGAACUCACACAGUGGAUAAACUAUUUGAAUGUAUUGAAUGUGCAAAGUGCUUCAGUCGAAAUGGAAAGCUUAGAAUACACCAACGAACUCACACGGGGGAGAAACUAUUUAAAUGUAUUGAAUGUGGAAAGAGCUUCAGUGAAAGUGGAGCACUAAGAAAACAUCAACGAACUCACACGGGGGAGAAACCAUUUGAAUGUACUGAAUGUGGAAAGUGCUUCAGCCAAUAUGGACACCUUAGAAGACACCAACUAACUCACACGGGGGAGAAACCAUUUGAAUGUAUUGAAUGUGGAAAGUGCUUCAGUCGAUAUGGAACACUUAGAAUACACCAACGAACUCACACAGGGGAGAAACCAUUUGAAUGUACUGAAUGUGGAAAGAGCUUCAGUCGAAAUGGAACACUUAGAGUACACCAACGAAAUCACACGGGGCAGAAACCAUUUGAAUGUACUGAAUGUGGAAAGAGCUUCAGUCGAAAUGGAACACUGAGAAUACACCAACAAACUCACACAGGGGAGACACCAUUUAAAUGUAUUGAAUGUGGAAAGAGCUUCAGUCAAUAUGGACACCUUAGAAGCCAUCAACGAACUCACACAGGAGAGAAACCAUUUAAAUGUAUUGAAUGUGGAAAGUGCUUCAGUCAAAAUGGACACCUUAGAAGCCAUCAACUAACUCACACGGGGGAGAAACCAUUUAAAUGUACUGAAUGUGGAAAGUGCUUCAGUCAAAAUGGAACACUUAGAGUACACCACCGAACUCACACAGGGGAAACAUCAUUUAAAUGUAUUAAAUGUGGAAAGUGCUUCAGUGAAAGUGGAGACCUUAGAGUACACCACCGAACUCACACAGGGGAGAAACCAUUUAAAUGUAUUGAAUGUAUUGAGAGCCAGUGUGGUGUAGUGGUUAAGAGCGGUAGUCUCGUAAUCUGGGGAACCGGGUUCGCGUCUCCGCUCCUCCACAUGCAGCUGCUGGGUGACCUUGGGCCAGUCACACUUCUUUGAAGUCUCUCAGCCCCACUCACCUCACAGAGUGUUUGUUGUGGGGGAGGAAGGGAAAGGAGAAUGUUAGCCGCUUUGAGACUCCUGAAGGGGAGUGAAAGGCGGGAUAUCAAAUCCAAUGUGGAAAGAGCUUCAGUGAAAGUGGAGCACUAAGAAAACAUCAAGAAACUCACACGGGGGAGAAACCAUUUAAAUGCAUGGAAUGUGGAAAGAGCUUCAGUAGAAGUGAACACCUUAGAAUACACCAACGAACUCACACGGGGGGAGAAGCCAUUUAAAUGUACUGAAUGUGGAAAGAAUGUGGAAAGAGCUUCAGUCCAUAUCGACACCUUAUAAGACACCAACUAACUCAUGGGGAAGAAACCAUUUUAAUGUAUGGCAUGUGGAAGGAGCUGCAGCAAAAGUAGAGCACUUAGAAUACACCAACUAAUUCAUACAGGGGAGAAACCAUUGGAACGUAUUGAAUGUGGGAAGAGCUUCAACAGGGAGGAUAAACUUGCAUUACACUGGCGAACUCCCAAAGGGGAGUAGCUUAAGUCAAUAUGGAACCUUAGGAAACAUCCGCUAACUCACAUAGGGAAAACUAGAUUUAUGAAAUGUGGAAAAAGCUUCAGAGGGAGUGGAGACCUUAAUAUUCAUAAGAUAAUUCACACAGGCGGGAAACCAUAUAAAUGUAUGGAGUUUUCCGCUCAGGUUUCCCAGAUUUCCUGGGAAGUGAAGAUGAUUGUCAAGUCUCUGGAUGUACAGAAAAGAAUUUCAAUAAUAAUAAUAAUAAUAAUUUUUAUUUGUACCACGUCCAUCUGGCUGGAUUUCCCCCGCCAAUCUUGGUGGCUUCCAACAAAAUAUUGAAAUACAAUAGCCCUUCAGAUAUUAAAAGCUUCCCUAAACAGGACAGCCUUCAGAUGUCUUUUAAAGUCUGGUGGCUGUUUUUUCCUUUGACAUCUGGUGGGAAGGUAUUCCACAGGGAGGGCACCACUACCGAGAAGGCCCUCUGCCUGGUUCCCUGUAACUUUGCUUCUCACAGUGAGAACUUUGCUCUCUCCUCCCGUCACCAGUCUAGCUGCCGCAUUCUGGAUUAGUUGUUUCCGGAUCACCUUCAAAGGUAGCCCCACGUAGAGCACAUUGCAGUAGUCCAAGCGGGAAAUAACUGGAGCAUGCACUACUCUGGCAAGACAGUCUGCGGGCAGAUAGGGUCUCAGCCUGCGUACCAGAUGGAGCUGGUAUACAGCUGCCCUGGACACAGAAUUGACCUGUGCCUCCAUGGACAGCUAUGAGUCCAAAAUGACUCCCAGUCUGCGCACCUGGUCCUUCAGGGGCACAGUUACCCCAUUCAGGACCAGGGAGUCCUCCACACCUGCCUGCCUCCUGUCCCCCCAAAACAGGACAUCUGCCUUAUAAAGCAUUCAACUUUAAUAUGUUAGCCGCCAUCCAUCUUCCAACCGCCUCCAGACACUCACACAGAACUUCCACCAUCUUCACUGGUUCUGAUUUGAAAGAGAGGUUGAGCUGGGUAUCCGCAUACUGAUGAACACCCAGCCCAAACCCCCUCAUCUCUCCCAGCGGCUUCAUAUAGAUGUUGAAAAGCAUGGGGAGAGGACGGAACCCUGAGGCACCCCACAAGUGAGAGCCCAGGGGUCUGAACACUCAACCCCCAACAUGACUUUCUGAACACGCCCCAGUGUAUAAUAGUGCCUCUAGCCCCCAGCCCCUCUAGACGGUCCAGAAGAAUGUUAUGACUGAUGAUGUCAAAAGCCUCUGAAAGAUCCAGCAGAACAAGGAAACAGCUCUCACCUUUGUCCCUAGCCCGCCGGAGAUCAUUGACCAGCGUGCCCAGGUCUGUUUCAGUCGCAUGAUGAGGCCUGAAUCCCAAGUGGAAGGGAUCCAAAUGGUCCACAUCUUCCAGGCUUCCCUGGAGUUGUUCAGCAACCACCCACUCAUUCACUUUGCCAAAGAAUGGAAGAUUUGAGACUGGGCGAUAGUUGGCCGUAUCGGCUGGGUCUAAAGAUUAUUAUUUUUUUAAGAAGCAGUUUAAUACAGUGGUUCCUCGCGUUACAUACGCUUCAGGUUACAUACUCCGCUAACCCAGAAAUAUUAUCUCGGGUUAUGAACUUUGCUUCAGGAUGAGAACAGAAAUCGUGCAGCGGCAGCAGGAGGCCCGAUUAGCUAAAGUUGUGCUUCAGGUUAAGAACAGUUUCACGUUAAGAACAGACCUCCAGAACAAAUUAAGUUCUUAACCAGAGGUACCACUGUAACUGCUUCUUUCAGUGUGUCUGGGAAGGCUCCCUCACAGAGGGAAGCAUUCACCACCCCACGAAGCCCAUCGCCCAGCCCUUCCCGGCUAGCUUUUAUGAGCCAGUAUGGGCAAGGAUCAAGGAGACAGGUGGUUGGUUUCACUCGUCCAAGCAACCUGUCCACAUCCUUAGACGUAACAGAUUGGAAUUGAUCCCACACAACUUUACUAGACAGGACUCUAGCACUCACCAGCCCCCGCCCUGCUCCCACGGAGGAGUCUACCUCUCUGAAUCUGAGUGACUUUAUCUGCAAAAAAACUUUACAAAAUCAUUGCAGGAGAUCAUGUGGCCUGUACCGGACUCCAUUGGACAGAUGGUUCCAUUAAAUUGCAAACCACCUGAAAGAGUCUCCUGCUGCUGUUUUCUGCAGAUGCAAUAGAGGGGGUGAAGAAGGUUUUCUUCACCUUCGCUAUCACCAUUUGGUAGGCUCAACGUUGAGCUCUAACCCGUGUCUGGUCAGAUUCAGAAUGAGGUUUCUGCCACUGGUGCUCUAGCCGUCUCAUUGCCCUCAGAUCCAUGGAAAACCACGGGGCUGUCCGGGCUCCAUGCAAUCGGAGAGGGCGCUUCAGAACCAGACAGGCAAUAGCCCUGGUUAACUCCACAUUCCAACGGGCCACCAGGGAAUCAGCUGAAAGGCCAUCAGCAUGGGAUAAAACAUCACCUACCACUCUCUGGAAACCAUUUGGAUCCAUUAAGUGGCAGGGGCGGACCAUACAAAUCGGUCUCACGUCCCUGCAGAGGGGAAGGGUUGUGGAGAAGUCCAGUUGCACCAGGAAGUGAUCUGACCAUGGCACUUCUUUAGAUUUGCUUUUACUUAGUGUCAGAUCACCAACAGGUGAACACCAGGUCUAAGGCAUGUCCGCGGCUAUGAGUUGGGCCAAACUUAUUCAGGGACAGCCCCAUGGAGGCCAUGCUUUCCACAAAGUCCCAAUCAGCCCCUUGUAAGGUUGUGUCGGUGUGAAUGUUAUAAUUCCCCAGGACAACCAAACUAGGUGUCUCCAGGAGAACAUCUGCCACAACCUGAAGCAGUUCGGGCAGGGAAUCCUUGGUGCAGCGGGGAGAUCAGUACAAAGGAAUCCUGUACUGCCCCUAUUGUUCAACAUCAAGAAUAUGCACUCGGAGAACUGGGUCUUCCCAAUAGGACACCUGGUGCAAAUUAAUGACUUCCUACAAAUCACUGCAAACCACCACCCCCUCCCUGCCCACAUGACUUGGGUUGCUGUGCGUAAGAGAAACCUGGUGGACAAGCAGUGGCAAGGACAGGUCCAUUACUGCAUACAAAAAUAUUCUUUUGUUUCUUUUGGGAUGUCUGUUGUUAAUAGGCCAAAAAAAACACAUUUCUGGCUUAUUGGGGAAAGUAUGUUGUAACAUUUUAUUUAAUUCUUCAUUAAUGGUAUCCCAAAUUUAUUUAAUUUUAGGGCAUGUCCACCACAUAUGGGAGAAAUUCCCUUCUUUAAGUUUGCACCUCCAACACUUUCCACUGGUGUUUUGGUACAUUUUAGCCAAUUUUGAGGAUUUAAGAUACCAUCUGUACAUCAUUUUUUUUUAAAAAAAAAAAAUUUAUUGUAUAGCAUGCUGUAAGUUUUCCCAUUUUUCUAAAUCAAUUGUAUGACCGAAAUUUUGUGCCCAUUUGACCAUGACAUCUUUAACCCCUUUGUCUUUUAAGUGCCAAUUUAAUAAUAGUUAAUAAAUUUUGGAUAAAUACAAUUUGGAUAAAUUUUUAUCAUCAUUUAUAAUCAAUUCUUUGUCUAUUUCAAAUAAUUUUGUAUCAAAUCCAUUUACUUUCUUGUCUUCCUCAAAAAUUGCAUUUAAUUGAUGGUAUUGAAACCAGCGUACUCCUGUAUGUCUUAUUGUUUCAAUUUUUUUCAUUUGUAAUCUAUUAUUUACUUCCUCUAAAAGAUCUUUAUACGUCAACCAAUUUGAAUCCAUAUUUUUUCUUUUUACUGCCUCUGCCUCCAUUGGUGACAACCACCAUCGGCUUUUGGUUCCAAUAAUUUUUUGUUCCUUUCCCAAACUUCAUAUAAGGCUUUCCUAAUAAUGUGAUUUAGAAAUCCAUUGUGGAUUUUUGUUUUAUUAUAAUCCAGGUAGCUGUGCCACCCCACUAUAUUAUCCCAGCCCUCAAUAUCCAAUAAUUUAGUAUUCUUCAAUAUCAUCCAUUCCUUAAGCCAGACCGGGCAGGCAGCUUCGUAGUAGAUCCUAAAAUCUGGCAUUCCAAACCCUCCUUUGUUUUUGGUUUCUGCUAAUAAUUUAAAUUUAAUUCUGUUUUUUUUUUUGCCCUGCCAAAUGUAUUUUGCCAAAUACCUGUGCCAUUCCUUAAAACAAUUUAAGCCAUUAAGAACCAGAAUUGAUUGAAAAGGGAACAGCAUUUUUGGUAAAACUACCAUCUUGAUUGUAGAAAUUUCCCCACAACGUGAGUUUUAAUUUACUCCAGAUUUCUAAGUCUUUCCUUUUGUUCCAUACCUUAAUAUAAAUGUCUUUCUAUAAAUGAAUGUUUUUCAUGGUUAUCCAAAUUCCUAAAUACUUUGCUCUGUUAGUAAUUUUAAGUCCUGUUUCUAUUUCUAACUUUACUUUUUCUUGUAUAUCUAAUUUUUUUACCAGGAGUUUUGUUUUUUAUUUAUUAAUUUUGAAUCGUGAAAAUUGUCCAAACGCCUUUCUUUUUCCUUUCCUUUCCUUUCAUUAUAAUAUGUUUUAUUGAUUUUCUUUCUUACAACAAAUAUCCAUCACCAUCACUAAAUCUUCCUAUAUCUCAUCAUAGUCUUUCAAUUUUAACUUUCCUUCUUGUUCUAUUAGUAAUUCUCUGUAUGUUGGCCAUAUUCCUUUCAUUGUUGACAUGUUAAGUAAUAGUGCUUCAAUGGGUGAUAGCCAUCACGGAGUUUGGGGUUCCAAUAAUUCUUUGUAUUUUCUCCAUACCUUUAUUAAAAACUUAUUAUAGUAUUGUGGAGUCCUUUGUGUACUUCCCCCCCCCAUACCACAAAUAUGCAUGCCAACCAAAUCUGUUGUCAUGUCCUUCCAGUUCUAUUGGCUCUUCUUUCUCCAAUUUUAUCCAAUCCCGAAUCCGAGUAAAACAAGCUGCUUCAUAGUAAAUUUUGAGAUCUGGAAGGGAAAAGCCUCCCCUUUCUUUUAAGUCUGAGUUUUGUAUUUUAUUCUUGGCCUUGUUUUUUAAUAUUACUACAAUACUCCAGAGCAGCCUUUUUCAACCUGUGGGCCCCCCAGAUGUUGCUGAACUACAACUCCCAUCACCCCUAGCUAGCAAGGCCAGAGCUCAGGGAUGAUGGGAGUUGUAGUCCAACAACAUCUGGGGACCCACAGGUUGAGAACCGCUGCUCUAGAGGGUUUUCUGUUGUAAUUAUUAGAUUGUCUGCUUAGCUCUGACCUUAUAUGCCCUUUGUCCAACUUUAAUUCUUUCUAUUCUAGGGUCUUCUCUUACUGCUUUCAAAUAUACUUCCAGAAGUGUGAUAAAGAGGAGACGAGAAAGAGGGCAGCCCUGUCUUGUUACCUUAGAGAUAUUAAAAGCUUCUGAUGUUUCACCAUUUAUAAUUAGUCUGACCUUUUGGGAAUUAUAAAUCGCUUUUAUACCACUACAUAUUUUCUCACCCAAACUCAUCAUUUCCAAAGUUUUUUGCAUGAAUGCCCCUGAAGCAUUAUCCAAUGCUUUCUCCGCAUCCACCAAGAUCAGGGCUGCCUUUUUAUCUGGUCUCAUUUAUAGGUAUUCUAUUGUAUCUACUACCAAUCUACUAUUGUAUCUGCUGUAAAUUUGUCCUCUGCGUAGGAAGCCUGACUGAUCUUUCUUUAUUAAUUUUGCCAGGAUCUUUUUCAAUUUAUUGACUAAUUUCUUUGCAAAUAAUUUAUAAUCUGAAUUUAGAAAUGAGAUUGGUCUAUAAUUUUUAAUUUACUCUAAAUUGGAUCCAUAUUUCAGUAUCAAUGUAAUUAGGGCCUCUUGCCAUGAUUCUGGCACUUGUCCUCCUUCUAAAAUUUUGUUCAUUAUUUUUUUCUAACACCGGUAAUAUGGUCUCUUCCAUUUUUUGUAAUUCAUUAUAGAAAUACCAUCUGGACCAGGGACUUUACCAUUCUUAGAAGUCACAAUUCCUUCUUUUAUUUCAUUUAUAUUAAUAGGGGCAUUUAAGUAUUUCUAUUCUUUCUCUUAUUUUUGCCAGUCUAUUGUUUAUUUUUAAAAAAUCCUAUUUUUUCGUCAAGUUCUUCCAGCUCACUUCCAUUUCUGUUGUUGUUUUGCAGCAGAUUUAGUUAAUGUGAAAGCACAAAAGAACCACAGAGAAUCUUGAGGGAGGUUACACAUUUAUUCCAGUUCAGUCUUUGGUUAUUGACAUUUCUAUCCCACAACCCUAUCCACCUAGCAGUCUGCCUCUCUCCCCUGGCCCUACAAGCCCAUCAGUAAAAUUUUCUGCAGAGACACUGGGGAUUGUUCCAUGACAGUUGUCACUUUCUGACAAUGCAGAAGGAGGCUACCUUGGUGCACCCAGAAGAUACCAGAUGUUGGUUGUAGUUACGUCUAUACAAAGUGCAUAGCAUUUGACCCUCCAUAGAGAAAUGGGGAGGAAUGAGGAGCCUGAAUAGCUGACUAGAAGGAAAGGUACCCUGGUAAGCUUCUGUUGAUUCUUGAGGGGGCUUUGUAUCAUUUAACUUCAAAAUGUGGAAAAUGUUUGUGGGGCCUCCUCCUCCCCCUGUUGCUUCUGAUGAGUGGGAACCUGGAUAUCUGCCCCAAACGUUUGCCUUGAUGGUAGCAGGAUGGGAGAAGUCAAGUGCCCAGAAUAAAAAAGGAAAAGUAUUUUCUGCAUCUUUCUUGAUUGAAAUGGGUAUGUCUGAGACCUCAGAUAAAGUUCUUGUUGACAGUAUCAAAACUGCUAUUCAUAACCCAGUUAAUAUAUUUAUUACUGCUGAUAUAAAGAGUCUAUCCUUCAGAGAAAUAAGGUGAUAUUCCAUACAAUAUAAUGCUGUCCCAAACAAACACUUUAACCAGAUAAACUUGCCUUCUGGGAGGUGGGGCAAGAUGCUGAGGGAAUCUAUUCUAUCGGGGGGGUGAGCUCAAUGCACUCAGAAGAUUCCAGUUGUGGGUUGUAGUUGCAUCUAUACAAAGUGCAUAGCCUUUGCCCCUCCAUAAAGAAAGAAAUGGCAGGGAGACAAGAGCUGGAAUAGCUGACCAGAAGGAAAGGUAAUUUUCUGGAUCAAAAUCCCUAGCUAAUCUGUCUAGCUGCUGCUGCCUGUCACUGUUCCUGUGUCUCUGGAGUGUUUCUUUGAAGAGAAUACAGGACACUGCAAAAGACCCUGCAAUGCAAACAGGGAGACUUAUGUCCAGGAGAUUUCUGUAUAAAAAAUUCUUUGCUGAGGUGGAAGUGGGGACUAAGUGUUAUGUAUUGAAGUUCUCACCCUGGCCACCAGGGGUAUUGUGUCUAUAGUUUUCACUCAGGUCCACGUCAGUUAAUUUAGGUGGGAAACCCUGGGUUGUUGUUGUUGUUGUUGUUGUUGUUACAAUAAAAGCAGGCCGGCUGAGCUGUUUGAGCUCAGUUCAGUUCCAGCUUACUAUAAAGAACCACUUGGAGAAAUCUCUGUGUUGUCUGCUAUGUCCACACACAAUUUAAUACUAAGUGAGGUUGGAGUAGAACUAUGUUUACAUGAACAUGAGAAGGCAAAAUAUGUUCUCCAUUUAAAUGUUUAUUAAAAUAAUUUAUUCAGAUACAUAGAAGUGUUAUUAGGCUUUUUUGUUGUAAGCUAAUUCAUACAUUAUAAGAAGUGGGUCCUGAGACCCUUGAUCCCCUUCCUUAAAAUACCAUCUGAACAAAAUUGGUGAAGUAGUAAAGAGUUUAUUGAGGACAACAGGUAAAGGUAAAGGGACCUCUGACCAUUAGGUCCAGUCGCGGACAACUCUGGAGUUGCGGCACUCAUCUCGCUUUACCGGCCGAGGGAGCCGGCGUACAGCUUCCAGGUCAUGUGGCCAGCAUGACUAAGCCGCUUCUGGCAAACCAGAGCAGUGCACAGAAACGCCAUUUACUUUCCUGCUGUAGCAGUAAGUAUUAAAAAAUUUUUAAAGUCAUAUAUAUAUAUAUAUAUAUGUCCCUCAGGUGGUGCAAUGGGUUAGUGCACCUGACUUUAACCAGAAAGUUGGUGGUUCAAGCCCACCCAGGGAUAACUGUGGGCAGGAUUCCUGCUUUGCAGGGGGUUGGACUAGAUGACCCUCAGGGUCCCUUCUAACUCUACAAUUAUGAAAGCUAUGAAAUAUAUAUAUAUAUAUAUAUAUAUAUAUAUAUAUAUAAUGAAUGUUCAUAAAUGCACCAACCAUGCACGUAAAUACAUAUGUGGACCACAUGUCUGGAGCAGCACAAGAAGACCGUCCUGAAACCAUUUUGACUCCCAAACUGACCAAAUGUUUUCCUGCAAGGAGGGAGGGGUGAGGGAACCUUCCCAUUGUCUCAGGAAUUGAGUAAUCACCAUCUCAAAGGAAUGACCAGACUACCAGGAAAGGCAAUCAGAUAAGGCAUUAUCUGAUAACCUGGCACACAGGAAAAACAACAUUCAAAUUUCUGUUGUAGAUCGCCUUUUCUGUGAUGUACGUAUGAUGUUUGUGGGGGGUGGUCUUGGGUUACACCUCUUUUGUGAUGUAUGUAUGAUGUAUGGAGGGGUGGUCUUGAGCUCCAGGGCAGGAAAUUUAAAUGAUCUGUAUAAGGGCAGGCCCACCUUUGUUCGGGGUGUGAGGGUAGCACCCUGUUGCAACAGUUCAAUAAAGAUCAGUCUUACUAGCUGCUUUGCUUCUCAAUAUUCUCUGGUUGGCCUCUGUUAUUUUCUCCCACUGAUGGAGAACCUGCAAAGGACUCUACAAGGGCUCUUGUGUCCCCCAUAAGGGAAUAAGGACAGAUUUUGUUUACAACAGGUACCUAUUUAUCUUCUUGCACUUUGUGCUUUCGAAUUGCUAGGUUGGCAGGAGCAGAGACAGAGCAACGGGAGUUCACCCCUUCGCGGGGAUUUGAACUGCCAACCUUCAGAUCGCCAAGCCCUAGGCUCUGUGGUUUAACCCACAGCGCCACCUGCGUCCCUUAUUGAGGACAAUACGUUCUUGCAAAAGCGAGGCUCCAAAGCAGGCACAGUCUAGCUGGGGCACAGAAUGAGCUUUUAUUCCCUAUGCACACGUUCCCUCCCUCCUCUUCCCAUUGGUUGGGUGCUGCAAGGUUUUCCUCCCCCCAUUAUCAAAUAACAGACAAGAGGCUGAACGUGGGGAGAAAUUUCUCCUUCCUCCUCCGAGUUGCCUCCACUUCCGGCUUCACCAGCAGAGAUAAAAUUGGGGCUUGCAAGGGAGGGAGGGGAGGAGGCGGGAAGGGGGGAUGCAUCGUGCGGAGGCUGAGGAGGGGCUGCUUCCUAAUUAAGGCUCCUAAUUAAGCGCCCUCACUCCCUGCCUCCCAUGCGGGGGCUCCCAUUCCCGCCCCCGCUGCCCAGGAUGUCGGGUGAGUGCAAAGCCAAUGGCGGGAAGGGGCUUUACGAGGAGGUCCAGGAUGAGAAGCCCCGGGACGGGGAGAAGAGAAGGGAGGGAAGGGAGCUGUUUAUUUGAAGGGGCGGGGGGGGGAGAAGCUUCCUCCUGAAGGGAUCUGGUACGAAGGGAAUUGCAGGGGGGAGAGGGGAGAUGGGUGGGCAUUGCUGGCCAGGAUCGCCUUAAUAGUAUUAAUUUAAAUUUAAUAUCUGUACUCCAGCAGAAAACCCUCGGAGGAGGACCUUAUCUUUAGGCAACAGGCGAAAGCCUUGCUCUUCUCCCAGGCGUUUGGCUCAUUAAACAAUCUAUGGACUUCACAACUGAAUUGGGGGUGUUGUUUUUAUUUUUUACUCUGCUACGCAUCUCUGUGUUUUUCUCUUGUAAGCUGCCCUGUGAUCUUUGGAGGAAGGGCAGUAUAGAAAUGUGAAGAAUAGCUGUAAAAAUAGGAAGCCCUCUUGCGUUCAAGGGGGGGGGGGUUGGGACAAAGUCAUUGAUCAGCAUGCAUAACAGGAUGGGCUUAGGAGGGAAUAAUACUAAUAAGAAUAAGAGUAAAAUAAAAAUAAAUAAUUCAUUGCUUGCCCCUGCCCAUCUGACUGUGUUGCCUCAGCCACUGGGCGAUUUCCAUCAAAAACACCAAAAAAUUUAAAACAUCAAAAACUUUCCUGUACAGGGCUGCCAUCAUAAGACUACUGUUUUGUAGAAAUGGCCCUCAAAUAUAAAGAAAUGGCCUCUUCAAGGAAUUGUGUGGUGUAAACGUGUAUGUUGUCCUCUAGGUCCAAACACAUAGUAAGAGCAAGCAGUGCUCCAAAGUGCUUCUCUUGUGAACUUGCCAUCUAAGUUGUUUACUCCUGACCAAAACUCCUGUUUCCCAAAAGGACUGGAGGGGGGGGGUCUCCUCACCACUUUUAACCCCCCCACUCCCACCGCAUGGAAGGCAGAGGACGUGUUCAUUCACAAACCCAGUAAACCAUGUGUGUAUCUGAAGUGAACCAGGCGCUGCAGCUCCUUCCCCUCUCACUGGGCUGCUGCAAGAAAAGGCAGCAGAGGAGGAAAGGGAUGGGUUUGAAGGCUCUUCCUGCCUCUCUCCCCUGAGGAACAAGAGCAAAGGGUGUUUGCAGGGCAGGAGGGCAGAGGAGGGGGCAGCGAGGGCAGAGGGAGCAGUGGGCGGAUCCCCCGCCUCUCCCAGGGGGUCCUGAUGCAAGCAAGGGGCUUCCUUCUUCUCCAUGCAAGGGCCAUUCAGAGCAGUCCUUUGCAGAUGAACUCUUAAGUUCCAUGGGAUCUACUCUCAGGCCACUAAUGUGCAUACCAUGCCAGCCUUAGGAAGGGAGGUGGGACAGGCAGGUGAAAGGAAUUGCCAAAGGUGUUUGAAAAUGGGUGGGGCUCUUGGGAAGGGGGUGCCCAGUUGGGGCUUCUCCAGGGGCAGCAGAAUGUCUUGGGCAGGAGAAUCCCUGCAGGGGCUCUCAGACUCCCUUGGCUUCUUCUUCUUCCCUCUCUCCCUGGAAGCUGCAACUUGCUCUGGAUUCUGCGCUCUUCAGGAAGCUGAAGCUGCAAACCUAGCUGAGACUGAACCUGCAACCCUGGCCAGGAUGGAAGGAGGAAGAUGGACGGUUGACCUGGUCAGGCUGUCUCCUGCAUCCCUCCCCGCAACCUCUGAGCAUUCCCUCCCAGGACCCUUGGAGAAAUCUGGUGAGUUCCAGGGGAGAGGAGAUGGGGACAGGGGUAGAUGGAAGGUGGAGGGAAAAAGAGGAAAAGAUGGAGAGGAGACAAAUGGAAGAAAGUUCCUGAAAGGAAGAAGGAAGGGGUGAGGCCUUCUCCAAAGCAGCUCUUUGUUUCUUGAAUCCCUUUCAUAAAGUAGCGGGGGCAGAUUUUCUCCCUCCAGGAUUUUAAAUCUUAGGAGUUACAGUGGUACCUCGGUUCUCAAAUUUAAUCGGUUCUGGAAGUCUUCCAAAACCAAAGCGUUCCAAAACCAAGGCGUGCUGUCCCGUAGAAAGUUAUGCAAAAUGGAUUAAUCCAUUCCAGACUUUUAAAAACAACCCCUAAAACAGCAAUUUAACAUGAAUUUUACUAUCAAACAAGACCAUUGAUCCGUAAAAUGAAAGCAAUAAUCAAUGUUCUGUACCAUAAAAUAAUUAAGACAGUAUUGUAUAUGAUAAAAAUUAAAAUUAUUAUUUUUUCGUACCUGCAUUGAUGAUAGUCAAUGUUUGAAUGGGGAGCUAAUAUCCCUUUCCACAGUCAAUUAAUCAAUCAAUCAAUCAAUCAAUCAUAAAACAAAAACCAAGCCUCAGUCAAAAAUGAAAAAGCCACAAAAACAAAAACUCAAAAAAUAGGAAAAAACUAAAGCUGCAAAUGUCACCUCAGAACACUGCAACCAGGAAUGGCUUGAAUAUUGAGGGGGGGGGCCUUAAAUUAGCUGUCCAAGGGAACGAAUGGGAUGAAAAAAACCUUGAUUACGAUGGAGACGACUUAAAUUAGCUGCUGAAGGGUAAAACGGAAUGAAAAAAAGCCUUAAUUAGGAUGGGGGGCACUUAAAUUUACUGCCCAACCAUAAAAAUGGAGCUCAGGAGCACGUUCGGUUUCCGAGGCAAACUUCAAAAACAGGAGCCCCUAUUUCUGGGUUUGCAAAUGAUGAAUCAACAGAAGCAUAGUCAAUCUAUGGACUUCCCCUUUUUUUGAAAUAUUUUUAUUGGUUUUUACAAAUACAAGUUUACAUCAAAAACAUUUGAUAUAAUGUUUUUAUAGCAUUUUAAAUGACAGAUCCCGAGGUUUUUGCAAACCAGAGGAUCGCUUCUGCACACGCACACGGCGCAAUAGAGUGCUUCUACGCGUGCGAGUGGCGAAACCCGGAAAAAUACCAGAGGGUUACGUAACAUGAGGUACCACUGUAUAGAUACAUUCUCCACAGUUCUCAUUUAUCUAAAGUGUCCAUAAACUUAUUUACAAGUGAUUCCUAAAGUCCAGCUAACGUUUUGAUUUGCGUGCAGUAAUCUCAUACGUAAAUUAUAAAAUUUCCCCAUUCUUUUUUAAAGUCCUUGUUUUCUUGAUUCCUGAGUCUCAUGGCUAAUUUUGCCAUUUUGGCAGAGUCCAGCAGUUUAGCUCACCAUUCUUCCCUAGUUCGGAUUAUUGCAUCUUCCCAUCUUUGAGAUAAUAACAUCUGUGCAGCUGUUGUCGCAUACAUAGUCUUUCCUGGUCUUUUGGGAUCGCAGUACCUGUAAUUCCAAAUAAAUAAACUUCUGGUUUCUUAACAAAAUUUAUUUUAAACAUUUUUUCCAAUUCAUUAUAUACCAUUUCCCAAAAUGAUACUGUUGUUUUACAUAACCACCACAUAUAGCAAAAGGUACCCACUUCUUCUUUGAAGUGACCUGUUCAUCCUUUGUAUGCCAUUCUAGGAGCAAGUUAUACAUUUUAGACAGAUUUUUUUAUGUUACUUCCUAAGAGUUCUUUUUGAAAUUGUGAUGUCUCAUAACUAAAACCUUUUUUUAUUUUAAUUUUUUUAAAAAAAAUUAUUGUUAAAAUAGUUCAUCAUUAAUCCACAUAUAUUACAGAUAUACAAGCAUACAAACAUACAUUUCAUACAAUCCUUAAAAGUGUUCAAACAUACUUACACUCAAUCCCACAAAUAAUUCCUUUUCCCAUCACCAUCCACCACCCCUCACCCCACCUUUGUGUUAGACUUCCAAUCUACUCAAUUGCAAUUUCUUUCCACUUCUAUUACUUUCUUUCACACACCUUUAGCCUAAUUUCAUAGAAUCAUAUAAUAGAAUCAUACAGUUGGAAGAGACCACAAGGGCCAUCGAGUCCAACCCCCUGCCAAGCAGGAAACACCAUCAGAGCACUCCUGACAUAUGGUUGUCAAGCCUCUGCUUAAAGACCUCCAAAGAAGGAGACUCCACCACACUCCUUGACAGCAAAUUCCACUGUCGAACAGCUCUUACUGUCAGGAAGUUCUUCCUAAUGUUUAGGUGGAAUCUUCUUUCUUGUAGUUUGGAUCCAUUGCUCCGUGUCCGCUUCUCUGGAGCAGCAGAAAACAACCUUUCUCCCUCCUCUAUAUGACAUCCUUUUAUAUAUUUGAACAUGGCUAUCAUAUCACCCCUUGACCUCCUCUUCUCCAGGCUAAACAUGCCCAGCUCCCUAAGCCGUUCCUCAUAAGGCAUCGUUUCCAGGCCUUUGACCAUUUUGGUUACCCUCCUCUGGACACGUUCCAGUUUGUCUUGAAUUGUGGUGCCCAGAACUGGACACAGUACUCCAGGUGAGGUCUGACCAGAGCAGAAUACAGUGGCACUAUUACUUCCCCUGAUCUAGAUGCUAUACUCCUAUUGAUGCAGCCCAGAACUGCAUUGGCUUUUUUAGCUGCCGUGUCACACUGUUGGCUCACUCUUCUCCAGGAUGAAGAGGAACCAUUGAUGAGCACCCUUUGGGUUCAGUCAGUCAUCCAGUUACAAAUCCACUGAGUGGUAGCAUAGUCAAGUCCGCAUUUUACCAGCUUCUUUACAAGAAUAUCAUGGGGCACCUUGUAGAAUGCCUUGCUGAAAUCAAGGUAGGCUACAUCCACUGCGUUCCCUUCAUCUACCAGGCUUGUAAUUCUGUCAAAAAACGAGAUCAGGUUAGUCUGACAUGACUUAUUUUUCAGAAAUCCAUGCUGACUAUUGGUGAUCACAGCAUUCCUUUCUAGGUGCUCACAGACUGUUUGCUUAAUGAUCUGCUCCAGAAUCUUCCCUGGUAUUGAUGUCAGACUGACUGGGCGAUAAUUAUUUGGGUCCUCUCUUUUCCCCUUUUUGAAAAUAGGGACAACAUUUGCCCUCCUCCAGUCUGCCGGGUCUUUGCCUGUUCUCCAGGAAUUCUCAAAGAUGACUGCCAGUGGUUCUGAGAUCACAUCUGCCAGUUCUUUUAAUACUCUUGGAUGCAGUUCAUCUGGCCCUGGAGACUUGAAUACAUCUAAACUAGCCAAGUAUUCUUGUACUAUCUCCUUAGUUAUUCUGGGCUGUGUUUCCUCUGCUGAAUCAUUUGCUCCAAAUUCUUCAGGUCGGGCAUUGUUUUCUUUAUCGGAGAAGACUGAGGCAAAGAAAGCAUUGAGGAGUUCAGCCCUUUCUGUGUCCCCUGUUUGCAUUUCACCAUCUUCUCCUCUGAGUGACCCCACUGUUUCUUUGUUCUUCCUUUUGCUACGGACAUACCCAUAAAAGCCUUUUUUGUUGCUUUUAACCUCUCUAGCAAGCCUGAGUUCAUUCUGUGCUUUAGCUUUUCUGGCUUUGUGUCUACAUGUGCUGGCUAUUUGUUUGAAUUCCUCUUUGGUGGUUCCCCCCCUUUUCCAUUUUUUGUACACAUCCUUUUUUAAUCUUAACUCAGUUAAAAGUUCUUUAGAUAGCCACCCUGGCUUCUUUAGGCACCUUCCAUGUUUCCGUCUCAUUGGUAUUGCCUGAAGUUGUGCUUUUACUAUCUCCCUCUUAACAAACUCCCAGCCAUCAUGAACUCCCUUUCCUUUUAGUAUUACUGUCCAUGGGAUCUCACCCAGCACUUCCCUAAGUUUUAUGAAGUCGGCUUUCUUAAAGUCAAGAAAUUGAGUCCUAGGCUGCUCCUUUCCGCUGUAUAGUAAACUUCAGAAGAGCAUGAUCACUCACGCCUAAUGAUCCUUCCACUUCUACCCCACUAACCAGGUCAUCAACAUUGGUUAGGACCAGAUCUAAAAUGGCUGUUCCUCUUGUUGCUUCUCCCACUUUCUGGACAAUGAAGUUGUCUGCAAGGCCAGUGAGGAAUCUGUUUGACCUUAUGCUCUUGGCUGAGUUUGACAUCCAACAAAUAUCCAGGUAAUUGAAGUUCCCCAUUACUACUAUCUCCCUUCCUUUUGCAUGCUUGGCCAUCUGUUCCAGGAAGGCAUCGUCUAUGUCCUCCGUUUGGCUUGGGGAUCUAUAGUAAACUCCCACAAUGAGGUCUCUGUUAUUCUUCUCUCCCUUAAUUUUGACCCAAAUGCUCUCACUUUAGCUUUGAGGUUCUAAAUCUUGGAUCUCUUCACAGGUAUACACAUCCCUGACAUAUAACGCCACUCCUCCUCCUUUCUUGUCUGGUCUGUUUCUCUGAAAUAGAUUGUAUCCCUCCAUUAUUACAUUCCAAUCGUGGGACUUAUCCCACCAGGUUUCAGUGAUGCCUAUUAUGUCAAUAUUUAGCUUGCUGUACCAAGAGCUCAAGCUCAUCUUGUUUAUUUCCCAUGCUUUGCGCAUUAGUGUACAGACAUUGAAGUCCAUUAAUCAUUCCCCCGUGUCUCUUAUUUCAGGAUUUUUUCCUCCCACCACUAGGUCUGCGUGCUGUUUGCUCCAUUUGGUAUAUGACAUUUGGAUGAUCAUCUUCAUCAAUUGAUAGACUCCCACCUUCAGGAGCACUGUCUCCCUCCCCCACAUUAGUCAGUUUAAAGCCCUCCUGAUGAGGUUUCUGAGAUUUUUGGCAAAAACAUUCCUCCCAACCGUUGUGAGGUGCAGCCCAUCACUUGCCAGAAGUCCAUCUUCAAGAAACUGCAGUCCGUGAUCUAAGAAUCCAAACCGUUCCUGUUUACACCAUUUGCGAAGCCAGCUGUUCACUUCCACCAUUUGUUCCCUCUCUCCCUGGGCCACGUCGUUCAACUGGGAGGACAGAUGAGAUGACAAUUUGUGCAUUUAAUUGCUUCAAUUUCCUGCCCAGAGCCUCGUAAUCUCUUUUGAUCUUCUGGAGGCUAUUGCUUGCAGUGUCAUUGGUUCCCACAUGAACCAAGAGGAAGGGGUAUUUGUCAGUGGGUUUUAUGAUUCCUUGCAGUCGUUCAGUCACAUCUUGGAUCUUAGCCCCGGGGAGACAGCACAUCUCCCGAAACAUCUUGUCAGGCCCACAGAUCACUGCUUCUGUUCCCCUCAGUAGGGAAUCCCCUAUCACCACUACACGCCUCCUCUUAGGUUUGGUCGGGGUUCUUCCGUGAGCUGUCCAUUCCAAGGUCGCCUGCACAUUCCCUGAGGACUGACUUUGCUGCUCGUCUUCAUAUACCUGAUCGACUGUAAUGAGGGAGAGAUCCUCAAAUGGAGUCUGUUCUUCGUCUUCCAUGCUAGGGGAGAGGACUUCAAAGCGAUUGUGUAUUUCUAAACAAUCAGAGCGAACCCUGGGCCUCCUACUUCUUUGAGUCAUGUUUCUCCAUAUAUCUGGCACCUGUGUUGGUGAACUAGCCUCCUUCUCAGGGGUGUUCCCUGUCUCCUCCUUGGUGGAGACGGUGUUCUCUGUUGCUUCCAAGAAGAGCUCCAGCUCUCUAAUUCUUUGGAGCGUAGCUACACGUUCCUCCAGUUGCUGGACUUUGUCUUCUAAGAGGGCAAUCAAUAUACAAUUGCUGCAGGUAAAGCUGCCUGCAACCUUUGGCAAGAUGGCAAACAUUGCGCAGGAACUUCUUUUCUAUUACACAUUGUUAUCCAUCUUAUUUAGUAUUUCAGUGUUUGAAACUGAACUUGUUUAUUCCAAUAGGAGUUCUGAUUUUUCGAUAUGGUUUUGCAAGUAUCUUUUAAACACCUUCCAGUCCCUAUCUAUCUACUCUUUUGAGAUCCUUCCAAUUUCUCCCACUGUUUUAGAUAUAUUGUAGGACUCCAAUAAUUUGGCAAGCCACUCUAUUUUUGUCAGUACAAUACCACUUUUCCAGUUUUUCGCACUCAAUAGCCUUGCGGCUACUGUUGCGUAUAAAUAUAAGGUUCUUGUCUUCUUCCUUUAGGCUUCCUAGUACUAUUCCCAAUAGAAAAUCUUCUGGUGUUUUCCUAAAUGAAUAUCUAAACAUUUUUUUUCAUUUCAUUAUAUAUUAUUUCCCAAAAUUGUUUGAUGUUUAAACAAUUCCACUAUAUAUGUAUCAUAGUACCUUUUCCAGUGUUGCAUCGCCAACAGACAUCGCUACAAUUUUUAUUCGUUUUUGUUAUUCUUUCAGGUGUUAAAUACCAUCUAUGUUGUACUUUGAGGUAAUUUUCUUUCAGUAUAUAACACAUCGUGAAUUUCAUCUCUUCUUUCCACAAUUUUUCCCAUUGUUCAAACAUAAUAUUUUCCCCAAUAUCUUGCGCCCAUUUAAUCAUUGAUGCUUUAACCAAUUCAUCCUUUGUUUCCCACUCUAAGAUCAGAUUAUACAAUCUAGAUAUAUUAUUUGAUUUUUCUUGUAUUAAAUAUUUAUCAAAUUUUGAUAUUUCUUUUUCAAAUCCUAGCUUUUUUGUCUUUCGCUAAUCUAAACUUAAUUUGAAUAUAUUGGAACCAAUCACUAAUAUGAGCUUUACUUUCUGUAUAAUCCUUUAAUUCCAAUUCUCCAUUUUCUUCCUUUAAUACAGUUUUUUAUAUAUAUAAAAUAUUUAUUAAAGGUUUUAAACAAUAAAACACCAUUCACAUACACAACCCAAAAAAGGAAAAACACCAUCACCAUCGGUCACAUAGACCAAAAGAAAAAACCCCGAAAAAAACAUACAAAAAAAGACAAAAGACAAAAAUCAUAUAAAAGACAUGAAAAAUAGUUCAGUUUCAUAAACAAAAUUUCCAUAACCCUCUUUUCUGACUCCCUCACAUCUCCCUUUUCUGUGUUCCCAUUUACAAAAUCUUGUUCAGCAAUGCUUCACCUUCUCUCAAAACUUAUUUUAAAUUGUACGUUUCAACUAUUAUGUCUCCAGUUUUACCCUUUGUUAUCAAAUAUUUAAGCUUGACAUAAUGUUAUUCAAAUUUCACCUUUGUUCUUAUAGUUCAAUUGUUUUCAUACUCCUUUCAACUAAGUCACUAAUGCCAUAUUAUCUUUAUAUCCUGCAUCAUUCUAACAUUCAUACAAUUUACAAUACUUUUGCAAAUAAUCCUUAAAUUUCUUCCAGUCCUCUUCCACUAUCUCUUCUCCCAGGUCUCGGAUUCUGCCAGUCAUUUCUGCCAGUUCCAUGUAGUCUAUCAGUUGCAUCUGCCAUUCUUCCAGGGUGGGCAAAUCUUGUGUCUUCCAAUAUUUUGCGAUGAGUAUUCUUGCUGCUGUUACUGCAUACAUAAAGAAAGUUCUGUCCUUCUUUAACACCAUUUGGCCAACAAUGCCCAGAAGGAAGGCCUCUGGUUUCUUAGGGAAGGUAUAUUUAAAUACCUUUUUCAGUUCAUUAUAGAUCAUUUCCCAGAAAGCCUUAAUCUUAGGGCACGUCCACCAAAGGUGAAAGAAUGUUCCUUCAGUUUCUUUACAUUUCCAACACUUAUUGUCUGGCAAAUGGUAUAUUUUUGCAAGCUUGACUGGGGUCAUGUACCACCUGUAUAUCAUUUUCAUAAUAUUUUCUUUCAGGGCAUUACAUGCCGUAAAUUUCACACCAGUGGUCCAUAACCGUUCCCAGUCAGCAAACAUAAUAUUAUAGCCAAUGUCUUGCGCCCAUUUUAUCAUUGCUGAUUUAACCAUUUCAUCCUGAGUGUUCCAUUUUAACAGCAAGUUAUACAUUCUUGAAAGUACCUUAGUUUUUCGUUCUAGCAGUUCUGUUUCUAGUUUCGAUUUUUCCACCUGGAAGCCUAUUUUUUUAUCCACCUUAAAGGCCUCCCUAAUCUGACCAUAAUGUAACCAGUCUCGCACUUUGUCCUUUAAUUUCUCAAAACUCUGCAAUCUCCAAGUGUCUCCAUCCUCUUCUACUAUCUCCCAAUAUUUUGGCCAAUUGGCCUCCAUAUUGAGUCUUUUCUGAGCCUUAGCUUCCAUUGGUGACAACCACCUUGGGGUCUUACUCUCUAAUAAAUCUUUAUAUCUUGUCCAGACAUUAAACAGUGUCUUCCUGACUAUAUGGUUCUUAAAUGCUUUAUGAGCUUUAACCUUGUCAUACCACAGAUAUGCAUGCCACCCAAACACAUUGUUAAACCCUUCCAAAUCCAAGAUGUCAGUGUUUUCGAGAAGUAGCCAAUCUUUCAACCAGCAGAAAGCUGCUGAUUCAUAAUACAGUUUCAUAUCUGGCAGGGCAAACCCCCCUCUUUCUUUAGCAUCAGUUAGUAUUUUAAAUUUUAUUCUGGGCUUUUUGCCCUGCCAGACAAACCUAGAAAUAUCUCUCUGCCACCUCUUGAAACAGUCCAUCUUGUCCACAAUCUGCAAAGUCUGAAACAAAAACAACAUUUUUGGCAAUACAUUCAUCUUUAUAGCAGCUAUUCGACCCAGCAAGGAAAGCUUCAAUUUUGACCAAAUUUCUAAAUCCUUUUGAUUUCUGACCAGCAUUUUUCAUAAUUGUCUUUAAAUAAAUUCAGGUUUUUAGCCGUCAUAUUAACCCCUAAAUAUUUCACCUUUUUGACCACAUUUAACUCUGUCUCCUUCUGAAACCUUUCUUUUUCCAAAGUUGUCAAGUUUUUCCCAGAACCUUAGUUUUCUGCUUGUUUAAUUUGAAUCCUGCCACUCGACCAAAUUUUUGGAUCAGUUCUAACACCCUUUUCGUACUAGAUUUUGGCUCCUGUAAUGUCAAAACAAGGUCAUCUGCAAAAGCCUUAAGUUUGUACUGUUUAGCUCCGACCUGAAUUCCUUCAAUCAACCGGUCUCCUCUAAUCAUAGUUCAAGAGCACCUCCAGGACCGAGAUGAAUAGCAAUGGGGAAAUAGGGCAACCCUGUCGUGUUCCUUUCUCAAUUUUAAACUCUUCUGACACCACAUUAUUAACUAUCAAUUUUGCCUUUUGUUCUGAAUAAAUUGCAUCUAUACCAUUUUCAAACCCCCGUCCCACUCCCAUCCCUUUAAGAUUUUUCUUCAUAAAAUUCCAUGAAAUGUUAUCAAAGGCCUUCUCCGCAUCUAUAAAAAUCAACACUGCUUUUGUAUUAGUAUUCAUUUGCAAUAGUUCCAAAAUGUCAAUGAUGUUCCUUGUAUUGUCAGACAAAUGUCUACCUGGGAGAAAGCCUGCCUGGUCUUUAUGAAUCACUCCAUUUAACACUCGUUUUAAUCUAUUAGCCAAAAUGUCUGCAAAAAUUUUGUAAUCCACGUUUAAAAGGGAAAUGGGACGGUAGUUCUUGAGUUGUGUCUUUUCAGUUUCAGAUUUAGGUAUAAGUGUGAUGAAAGCUUCUUUCCACGUUUCCGGUGCCUUCUUCCCUCCAUAAUCUCAUUACAUACCUCCUUCUUCCUUUAAUACAGUUUUAUAGGUAACCCAAUUUUAUUUCAUAUUUAAUUUUUUCACUGCGACAAUUUCUGCUGGCGAUGCCCACCAGGGAGUUUUCGGUUCUAGGAGUCUUUUAUAUUUCUCCCAUAUUUUAUAUAUAGACUUUCUGACUAUAUGCCCUAGGAAGCCUUUAUGUACUUUGACUUUUUCAUCUAUUAGAUAGGCAUGCCAUCCAAAUCUCGUCUCUACUCUGUCUAAAUCCAAUACAUCCGAGUCAUCUAAUUUGAUCCAUUCUUUUAGCCAGGUCAGACCCACCGCAUCAUGAUAUAACUCCAUGUCUGGGAGACCAAAUCCUCCUCUCUCCUUCUUAUCUAUCAUUAUUUUGUGUUUUAUUCUUGGCUUUUUCCCUGACCAUACGAAUUUAGCCAAAUCUCUUUUCCAGUUAUUAAAACAUUUAUCUCCUCCUAGUAUUGAGAUACUUUGAAAUAAAAACAUCAUCCUUGGUAAUAUGUUCAUCUUUAUUACCGAUAUUUUCCCUAGUAAGGAAAGAUUUAAUUUCCCCAUACUUGCAAGUCAUUUUUAUUUCAUUCCAUGUUUUCCCAUAGUUCUCAUUACUUAAGUCUAUAGUGUUUGUUGUUAAAUUUAUUCCAAGAUACCUUAUUUUCUUUUUAAUUUCCAAUCCUGUAAUUUAUUGUAAUUUCACUUUAUCUUUUUCUUCCAUAUUUUUCACUAGUAUUUUGCUUUUCCCAUAGUUUAAUUUGUAUCCUGCUAAUCUGCCAAAUUCGUUUAUGCAUUCCAAUAUUCUAGGUGUACAUUGUAGGGGAUUUUCUGUUGUGAUCAUAACAUCAUCUGCAAAGGCUCUUAACUUGUAUCUUUUUUCACCAACUGCUAUUCCUCUUAUUUGGUUGUCCUGCCUUAUUUUCUUUAAUAGAACCUCUAAUACUAUUGUAAAUAGCAUUGGGGGUAGGGGGCAUCCUUGUCUUGUACCUUUAGAUGUUGAUGUCUUCUCCAAACUCUCCAUUAAUAAUAAUUUUUGCUUUCUGUUGGUCACAUAUUACAUUUAUACCUUUUUGGAAUUUUUCACCUAGACACAAUUCUUUUAAUAGUUUUUUCAUGUCUAUCUUAAAGAUAUUGUUUAGUUGAUGGUACUGUAACCAGUCAGUUACAGCUUCCCUUAUCUCUUCAAAAUCUUUUUAUUUCAGUUGGUUUUCAACUUCAGUUAAGAGUUCUCUAUAAGUCGGCCAAUUACUUCUCAUAUUCAAUUUUUUCAGAGAUAUUGCUUCCAAGGGGGAAAGCCACCAGCGUGUUUUUUACUCAAACAAAUUUUUAUACUUCUCCCAUACCCUAAAAAUUGAUUAUCUUCCUCUAUGAUUCUGAGAAGCUCUAUGCAUCUAGGCCUUUUCCUACCGUAAAUAUCCAUGCUAUCCAAAAUUCAUGUCCUUCCAGGUCUAAAAUACAGUAUCUGUGUUUUCCAAUGUAAUCCAUUCCUGGUUCUAGCAGAUAUAGGAUGCUUAAUAAUAAAGUUUCAAAUCCAGCAGGGCAAAACCUCCUCUCUCUCUUACAUCUGUUAAUAAUUUAUUUUUUAUCCUUGGUUUCUUCCCUUUCCAUAUAAACCUAGAUAUAUCUCCUUGCCAUUUUUCAAAGCAUCCUGUGUUGCCUAUUGCCGGGACUGAUUGGAAUAAAAAUAACAUUUUUGGCAAUACAUUCAUUUUUAUUACUGAUAUUCUUCCCCAAAAUGAUAAAUCCAUUCUUCCCCAUAUCUCUAAAGCUCUUUUUAUUUCUUUCCACUCAUUCUUGUAAUUGUCUUUAAAAAUAUUAAUAUUCUUAGCUGUCAAACAAAUCUCUCAGAAUUUGACUUUGUUAUAUAUAACUGUCAGGGGUUCAGGAACAGAGGCACAGGAAAGGGAGGAAAUAGAGAGCGAGGGGGAGGAGUCCGAAGGUAAUGUUAGCGAUGACAGCGGUCCGAGGUCUCUGAGUCUUUCCAGCGAAUCGGAAGAUUCACAGAAAGGGGCUCCCAUGGUCAGAGCAAGGGGGGUGCCGAGGGUGACACCCCAGGAAGAAGGGGCCAGAGGGGACUCAGAGAGACGCAGUUGGAAAUCAGGACCAGCGUCCACACCAGAGUGCAGUAGGGGAGGAGUCCCAGGCAUCGGGAUCAGGCGGCGCACUGCCAGUGGGAGGACAUGAGUCAGGAUUGGCCACGCCUCCAUCGGGGAGCGAGGAAACGGUCGAGAGGAAGGUUGAAGGCUGGGCGCGCGCGCCAAGUUCAAAUGUACAGGAGGGCGGUGCAGUUGGCAGCCCGGAUAGGGAGCCAGGUCCCAAAGCCCGCCGAAAAGACGGGGAGGAGUCAGGGGGGUCAACGUCAGCGUCAGAAGAAUCCGGGAAGGAAGGGACCCUGGGGGGUAGCAGGACCCAGAGGAGAAAGGAGAGACGGAAGAGGUGGAGUAAGGCUAGAAUCUUAAACUGGUGUACAGGGGGCGGAGACUCAGAUGGAGCUUCGCCGAUCUAACCAUGAGACGUAGAGUUGCACGCAGCAGCUUGAGAAUGGAAACUGUAACUCAAUAAAGACUUUUGUUUAAUGAUCGCUGGCUAGCGUGAUCCUCUGUGAGCUAGGAUCUGGAAGCAGCUCUGACAGUAAGCUCCAUCUCUUAAAUUGUGGGCAUCUACGGCCUCGCGGAGAGGAGAGAAAGCGGGUGCCUACUAGCGAGCUCACGAACGGCAGACAAUAUGACGGCCGAACAGCAGAUAGCGGAACUCAGAGAAGCAGUGUCACGACUGAAUGCCGAGGCUCUUGCAUCCAGGAAGAGAGAGGAGGACGCAGCUGCCGCCUACAGGGAUCUCCAGGUCAGGUUGGAAGUGCUUACGAAGCAAGGGCAACUGACACCCAAACCGGAGGGGAUUGGGUUGGGGAGACGAACAGGCGGUCUGGUCUCUCACUUCGAUGGGAAUUUGCAACAGUACCCCAACUUUAGAGCAGAUGUAAUGUGUGCACUGCAACUGCUGAACAAAGACUUUAGAGAUGAGCAAGAGAAGGUGAGAUUCAUCAUGUCCCAUUUGCAUGGAGAUGCUAAAGCAUGGCUGCGCAAUUUGUGGAGAGAUAAUGAUCCGGCGCUCCAAAAUGCGGAUGCCUUUAUUAAAGCGAUGGAUGGGUGCUUUUAUUCAAGCAUUGACGUGGAUCUUGCUCGGCAGCAGAUACAUGGACUGAAGCAAGGGAGGGCCAGCGUAAGGCAGUACCAUGCCCGCUUUUCGCUUUGGUCAGUGCUCUGGAAUGGGACAGAGAUUCGGCUCCUGUAAGAGACCUGUUUUGGGAGGGAUUGCACGGCUUGGUUAAAGAUGAAUUUGCGAGGGGAGAGACCCGGACCACGCAGGAGAUCGUUCAGAGGGCGCUGGCGGUGGGGGUGCGGCUGGAAGAACGUCCGUGGAGCAGGGACGAAGGGCGUGGAGGGCGCGAACCAGCCAGGGGCUCCUCCUUCCUUCCCAGAGAAGCAGCGCGUGCGCAAUCCACGCCUCCGCCAGGAGGAGGAGCGGAACCUAUGGAGGUAGGAGGUGCAAGGGCUCAGUCAGCAGCCAGAGCCCUAGCACCGGCAGCAGUGAAGCGAAGCCUCCUAGAGGGAACAGGAAGUGUUACAUCUGCGAUGAUCCACAGCAUAUGGCGAAAGAGUGUCCCCAGAGGCUCCACAAGCACACUGCAGCCUCAGCAAUGGUAACUGCAGCAACGCAGCAAGGAGAACCACAGCAGGGAAACGACGGAGUCUGGCUGGAGAAAGAGGCACUGGGGCCCAGCCAGACGUGUCAGUGAAGCAGUCCCCAGAGAUUUUACAGCCCAUGGACCCCUCCCGCCCAAACCAGUAGUGAGGCUCACCGCGUCGCUCCAGCUGCCCAAUGGAAUCACCAUGGACGUGCCAAUCACCAUUGACUCCGGAAGCAAUGCGGACUUUAUAGGGCAGGACUUUGUCGACCGGCACGCUAUACAGUUGCUGCCUGCCACGCUGCCCCUGCAGGUUGUCACGGUGGAUGGCAGGGAGCUGCUAGGGGGGCAAGUGGUGAAGCAGACGCCACCAAUGGUGAUGCGACUUGGGAAUCACAGGGAAAUCAUCAGCUUCAAUGUCACUCAACUAUCGGACACGCCCAUUGUAUUGGGCAUGAGUUGGCUGGACAAGCACAGCCCGACGCUGGCUUGGUACCAGAGGCAGCUGACCUUCGGCUCUUCCUUUUGCGCUGAACACUGCAUCGUGCCCCGGCAGGAAGGAGAGGAAGAGGUGUCACAGCUGCAGCUAGGCACGCUGCAAGCGGUUCCCCACAAGUACGCAGAAUUUUUGGAGGUUUUCUGCGAGAAGGAGGCAGACAGGCUACCCCCCCACAGACCAUAUGACUGCAAAAUUGACCUGCUGCCGGGGGCGGCGCUGCCCAAAGGGAAGCUGUAUUCCAUGUCUGAGGACGAACUGCAGGAACUCAAAGAGUUCAUAGAUCAUAAUUUGGACCGCGGUUUCAUCCGAGAGUCCAAGGCAGCGGGGGGGCAGUCCGGUAUUCUUUGUUAAGAAGCGGGACACGCCCCAAAAAAAGACUUGUAGUGGACUAUCGCAUUUUGAACAGUGUGACCAAGCCAUCGGACUUCCCCAUGCCCCGAAUCGACGACCUCCUCGCAAAGGUACGGAAGGGCAGCGUGUUCACCAAGUUGGACCUGCGAGGGGCGUACAACCUCAUUCGCAUGCGGGAAGGAGAUGAGUGGAAGACAGCCAUGUUCACGCCCCUGGGCACCUACGAAUAUAGAGUUAUGCCUUUUGGAUUGCAAAAUGGUUCCCACGUUUUCAAGCUUUCAUGCAUCACGUGUUGGCGGGGCUCCUCUACAAGACGUGCGUCUGUUUCUUGGAUGACAUCCUGAUCUUUUCGGAAUCGCAGCAGGAGCAUGACAGACACGUCAAGGAAGUGCUGAGCAGGCUACAGCAACAUAGGCUUUACGCCAAGCUGGAGAAGUGCCAAUUCGACGUGACCGAGGUGGAUUUCCUGGGCUACAAGUUGUCUGACAAGGGGCUCGCCAUGGACAGCGCCAAGGUUCGAGCAGUGUUGGAUUGGAAAAGCCCACGCAACCGGAAGGAGGUCCAACGGUUUGUCGGCUUCGCGAACUUCUAUCGCAAGUUUAUCAAAGGCUUUGCCAUGCAGACAGCGGCCAUCACGGACACGCUCAGCUCCAAGAAAAAGAAGUUCAUCUGGACAGAGCAGGCGGAGCAGUCCUUUCAGGCACUCAAGCGUCUCUUCCCGUCGGAAGAGCAGCUGCUUCAUGUCAACCCCAGCAGGCCGAUGAGGGUGGAGACAGACGCUUCGGACAGAGCCGUGGGAGCAGUCCUGCUGCAGAAAGACCCGCAGGGGGCUUGGAGGCCGGGAGCGUUUUACUCCAGGAAGCUCAGCAAGUCUGAACAGAACUACACCAUCUGGGACAGGGAGUUGCUGGCCAUUCAUGCAGCAUUCAAAGCGUGGAGGCACUUCCUGAUCGGCGCCAAGCACACGGUGCAGGUCUGCACGGACCACAAGAAUCUGGAGCACUGGCGCACGGCACAGUUCCUGAACCAGAGGCAGAUACGUUGGGCUGAGUUCUUUGCGAACUUCGACUUCCGAAUAGAGUAUGUCCCGGGGGACACCAACAUCAUGGCGGAUGCUCUCUCCCGUAAGCCACAGUAUCUGGAGGAGGCAACGCCAGCGGCCGCCAUGCACAUCUUCGCACCGACAGUGUGGGCGUGCGCUGCUGCAACAGUUGACCUGGAGGCGGUGCGACGAGCGUUGCAGGAUGACUCCUUCGCGCAAGCAAAGAUGGCAGAGGUGCGCAAGGGCACGGCAGCGACCGACGAGUUCCUGCUGCGAGAUGGAUUGCUCAUCCGUAAAGGGGCCAUCUACGUGCCGGGAGACGAACUUCGCGCCAAGGUACUGCAGCAGCUGCACGACGCGUCCACUGCCGGGCACUUUGGCAAGGAGAAGACGGUGGAAUUAGUCGCCAGAGACUUCUGGUGGCCCGGAAUGAGAGGGGAAGUCGCGGACUACGUGGCGAGGUGUGACACCUGCCAGAGGGCCAAACCAGUGCACAGACCGCCGGCCAGACUGCUGGAACCACUGCAAACUCCGUUCGAACCAUGGGAGAGAGUGGCCCUGGACUUUGUCACGGAUCUGCCCAGCUCGAGGGGCAAGACGGCAGUGCUAGUGGUGGUGGACAUGUUCACCAAAAUGGCCCACUUCAUUCCGUGCGCAAAGGUGGCCACAGCGGAACAGACCGCCAAACUGUUCAUAGACCACGUGUUCAGGGUUCACGGUCUGCCACGGUCUAUCCUGUCCGACCGGGGGCGACAGUUCAUCUCGAACUUCUGGCAGAAGCUGAUGGGUUUCCUGAACGUCAAGAUCAACCUAGCGUCGGCAAGACACCCGCAGACCAACGGACAAGCGGAGCGAGUCAACGCCAUCAUGCAGCAGUACCUGAGAUGCUACGCAAAUCAGCAGCCGGCAACAUGGGUGGACUACCUGCCGCUCGCUGAGUUCGCCUACAACAACACGAAGCACGUGUCCACGGGGGUGACACCGUUCUUCGCCAACAACGGGAGGCAUCCCAGAACCUUCCCGGGAUUAGAGAGACUGGGGGAGGGGGAGCCACAGGCAGCGGAAGCCUUAGCGUCAGAGUUGCAGGAGGUUCACGAACAGCUUCGGAGGCAGUUAGAACUAGCAAAGCACGCAUACAAACUGCAGGCUGACAAGCACAGAAGGGUUGGGGAAGACAUACAGGUGGGAGACUGGGUUUGGUUAGCAGCCCAGGCGGUGCCGGCCAGAUCGUUAGCGAAGAAGAAGCUCGGACAUAAGCAGCUAGGCCCUUACCAAGUCGAGGCACAGGUCAAUCCAGUGGCCUUCCGGUUGACACUUCCGGAGGGAUCCAGAAUGCACCCAGUGUUCCAUAGAUCAGUGCUCACGCCCUACAAAGCACCUCACAGAUUUCAGGAGCCGGGCACGGCACCAGACCCGCUCAGGGAGACGCCCCCAAGGAGGGGGUCGCCAAGGGGGGAACCCAUCAACGAGGUCACAGAGAUUUUAGACUCGAGAUGGGGGGAAGAGGGUGUAGAAUAUUUUCUCGCCAGAGAAGGUACCCCGGCCAGCGCCAACAGUUGGGUGCCGGACUAUGCCUUGGACGAGCCUCUUCUCAAGGACGAGUUUCAUGCCCUUUUCCCACACAGGCCCAUGCCAGCCGAGUAUUUCGACGACUGGCUUUUCACACCCACAUUUUCAGCCAGCACAUUCCAGGGGUUCACCUCGGACGAGGAACCGGCACUAGAAACACGUUCCCCGGAGGGAUCACCCUCGGAGUCGGCCUCAGACCGUUCCUAUUGGUGGGACGAUCGACCAGAGGAGCAGUGGCGCAGGAAGUGGCUGGGGGGUCCUUGGCAGGCAACGUCCCCGGAGGAGACCGGGGGAGAGACGGACAUGGACGUGUUGGGGGAGGACCUUGGGUUCGAGCACAGCGGCAAAGAGAUGGAAGCAGAGGAAAUCGAGGUCGGCGAGAGCACGGAGGACGAGCCGGACUUAUCCGGCUGGAUGCACGCCACGGGGGACGAACUGUAUCCGGCACUCACCCCCACAACGACGGAGCACCCAGUACCCACACCUGAAGGAGGGGAGGGGGGAAGGGGGGCUUCGAGGGGGGGAUGGAUGUCAGGGGUUCCGGAACAGAGGCACAGGAAAGGGAGGAAAUAGAGAGCGAGGGGGAGGAGUCCGAAGGUAAUGUUAGCGAUGACAGCGGUCCGAGGUCUCUGAGUCUUUCCAGCGAAUCGGAAGAUUCACAGAAAGGGGCUCCCAUGGUCAGAGCAAGGGGGGUGCCGAGGGGGACACCCCAGGAAGAAGGGGCCAGAGGGGACUCAGAGAGAAGCAGUUGGAAAUCAGGACCAGCGUCCACACCAGAGUGCAGUAGGGGGGAGGAGUCCCAGGCAUCGGGAUCAGGCGGCGCACUGCCAGUGGGAGGACAUGAGUCAGGAUUGGCCACGCCUCCAUCGGGGAGCGAGGAAACGGUCGAGAGGAAGGUUGAAGGCUGGGCGCGUGCGCCAAGUUCAAAUGUACAGGAGGGCGGUGCAGUUGGCAGCCCGGAUAGGGAGCCAGGUCCCAAAGCCCGCCGAAAAGACGGGGAGGAGUCAGGGGGGUCAACGUCAGCGUCAGAAGAAUCCAGGAAGGAAGGGACCCCGGGGGGUAGCAGGACCCAGAGGAGAAAGGAGAGACGGAAGAGGUGGAGUAAGGCUAGAAUCUUAAACUGGUGUACAGGGGGCGGAGACUCAGAUGGAGCUUCGCCGAUCUAACCAUGAGACGUAGAGUUGCACGCAGCAGCUUGAGAAUGGAAACUGUAACUCAAUAAAGACUUUUGUUUAAUGAUCGCUGGCUAGCGUGAUCCUCUGUGAGCUAGGAUCUGGAAGCAGCUCUGACAAUAACUAAUUCUGUUUUCUGUUGUAAUUCCUUUUGGCCUUGCUCCAUUGUGCUUUUUACCAAAAACGUAGUCUUAUUCUUGUUUAGUUUAAAGCCUCCGGCCUGCCCGAAGUCCCGUAUCUUUUCUACCACAUUCGGUGGAGUAUUUUUGGGAUUCUUUACUGUAAUUACAAGGUGAACUGUAGAAGCUUUUAAUUUAUAUGCUUUAUUUUCUACUGUUAUUCCUGUAAUUAAUUUCUCCACUUUUUCUCUCUCACCAGGGCCUCUAAUACCAAAAUAAAUAAUAAUGGUGAUAGGGGAUAUCCUUGUCUUGUCCCCUUUGUUAUUUUACACUUUUCUUUUAUAACCUUAUUAACAAUCAGCAUAGACUGUUGGUAAAAAUAAAUUGCAUCAAUUCCUCUCCCAAAUGCUUCCCCAAAAUUCAUUUUUUCUUUUAUCUUUUUCAUAAAAGCCCAUGAAACAUUAUCAAAAGCCUUUUCAGCAUCAAUAAACAUUAAGACCGCUUUUUUCUCACUUCUUACUUCCAAAUAUUCAAUAAUAUCAAUUAUAUUCCUUCAUCUGACGUCCUCGUAGAAAGCAGGCCUGCUUGUCAUGAAUUUUUUCUGCUAAAACACCUUUCAUUCUAUUGCCCAAGAUAUGAGCAAUACUCUAAAUGGACUUCUAUCGACUUCCAUCCUACAGGAGUGAUGGCCAACAACUUGGAUAGCUUGAAAAAGAGGAUUAGACUGAAAGCAGAGGAAGGCAGAGGGCUCUUGUACUCAAAUCCUGCUUGCUGGUUUCCCGCAGGCAUUUAGUUGACAACUGUGAGAACAGGAUGCUGGACUACGUGGGCCUUUGCCCAAAUGAGCAGGCUCUUCUUAUAUUCUAAUACAGGGAUCCCCAAACUUGGCCUUCAAGAUGUUUUUGGGACUACAACUCCCAUCAUCUGUAGCUAACAGGACCAGUGUUCAGGGAUGAUGGGAAUUGUAGUCCCAAAACAUCUGGAGGGCCAAGUUUGGGGGUGCCUGUUCUAAUAUAUUGCAAUAUUUUAACAGUUACAUGUGGCAUAGUAACAAAAAAUUUUACUUCUUAGUCAUAGGAGAGAGUGCUACUUGAGCCUGUGAUCAUUUCCUCCCUGGAGAAAGAGAAAUACAGAGAUGUGUCUAAGAAGCCAAUUCCACCAUCGAUUAUAAAAUAAUGCAGUUUAUUAAGUGUGAAUGGAGUGAUCAUGUGUUGUUCUUGCAAUUAUCUCAACUGCAUUCCUAAAACUUUGGAACAUAGAGAGGACAAUGGAGAAAUGAGAUAGUGUUAAAAUAAGAGAAGGUGCAUACUGGGAUUGAAAUGUGUUCAGUUCCUUUCCUGUCUUUCCUGAAAGUCUUAACAGGAUUCUCUUCCCCCUCCCCCACUCCCAAACAGGUGAGGAAGACGAUGGCCAGAAUUCUAUGGAGCCAUCUGUGAAUUCAUUGGGAAGAACAAAGAAACAGUUUAAAUGCAUGGAAUGUGGGAUGUUCUUUAGUCACAGUGGAAGACUGAGGACACAUCAACGAAUUCACACAGGGGAGAAACCGUGUAAAUGUACUGACUAUCGAAAGAGCUUCAGGGACAAUGGAACACUUAGAAAACAUCAACGAACUCACACAGGGGAUAAACCAUUUGAAUGUAUUGAAUGUGGAAAGAGCUUCAAUGAUAGUAGAAACCUUAGACAACAUCAACAAACUCACACGGGGGAGACACCAUUUAAAUGUAUUGAAUGUGGAAAGUGCUUCAGUCAAAAUGGAAAACUUAGAAGACAUCAACGAACUCACACAGGGGAGAAACCAUUUAAAUGUAUUGAAUGUGGAAAGAGCUUCAGUGGAAGUGGAGACCUUAGAAAACAUCAACAAACUCACACGGGGGAGAAACCAUUUGAAUGUAUUGAAUGUGGAAAGAGCUUCAGUGGAAGUGGAGACCUUAGAAGACAUCAACGAACUCACACGGGGGAGAAACCAUUUAAAUGUAUUGAAUGUGGAAAUAGCUUUAGUCGAAAUGAACACCUUAGAAUACACGAAGGAACUCACACGGGGGAGAAACCAUUUAAAUGUAUUGAAUGUGGAAAGUGCUUCAGUCAAAAUGGAACACUUAGAUUGCACCAACGAACUCACACGGGGGAGAAACCAUUUAAAUGUAUUGAAUGUGGAAAGAGCUUCAGUCGAUAUGGAAACCUUAGAAGACACCAACGAACUCACAUGGGGGAGAAACCAUUUGAAUGUAUUGAAUGUGGAAAGAGCUUCAAUGAUAGUAGAAACCUUAGACAACAUCAACAAACUCACACGGGGGAGACACCAUUUAAAUGUAUUGAAUGUGGAAAGUGCUUCAGUCAAAAUGGAAAACUUAGAAGACAUCAACGAACUCACACAGGGGAGAAACCAUUUAAAUGUAUUGAAUGUGGAAAGAGCUUCAGUGGAAGUGGAGACCUUAGAAAACAUCAACGAACUCACACGGGGGAGAAACCAUUUGAAUGUAUUGAAUGUGGAAAGAGCUUCAGUGGAAGUGGAGACCUUAGAAGACAUCAACGAACUCACACGGGGGAGAAACCAUUUAAAUGUAUUGAAUGUGGAAAUAGCUUUAGUAGAAAUGAACACCUUAGAAUACACGAAGGAACUCACACGGGGGAGAAACCAUUUAAAUGUAUUGAAUGUGGAAAGUGCUUCAGUCAAAAUGGAACACUUAGAUUGCACCAACGAACUCACACAGGGGAGAAACCAUUUGAAUGUAUUGAAUGUGGAAAGAGCUUCAGUGGAAGUGGAGACCUUAGAAGACAUCAACGAACUCACACGGGGGAGAAACCAUUUAAAUGUAUUGAAUGUGGAAAUAGCUUUAGUAGAAAUGAACACCUUAGAAUACACGAAGGAACUCACACGGGGGAGAAACCAUUUAAAUGUAUUGAAUGUGGAAAGUGCUUCAGUCAAAAUGGAACACUUAGAUUGCACCAACGAACUCACACGGGGGAGAAACCAUUUAAAUGUAUUGAAUGUGGAAAGAGCUUCAGUCGAUAUGGAAGCCUUAGAAGACACCAACGAACUCACAUGGGGGAGAAACCAUUUGAAUGUAUUGAAUGUGGAAAGAGCUUCAAUGAUAGUGGAAACCUUAGACAACAUCAACGAACUCACACGGGGGAGAAACCAUUUAAAUGUAUUGAAUGUGGAAAGCGCUUUAGUCAAUAUGUACACCUUAGAAAACAUCAACGAACUCACACGGGGGAGAAACCAUUUAAAUGUAUUGAAUGUGGAAAGUGCUUCAGUCAAAAUGGAACACUUAGAUUGCACCAACGAACUCACACGGGGGAGAAACCAUUUGAAUGUAUUGAAUGUGGAAAGCGCUUUAGUCAAUAUGUACACCUUAGAAAACAUCAACGAACUCACACGGGGGAGAAACCAUUUAUAUGUAUUGAAUGUGGAAAGUGCUUCAGUCAAAAUGGAACACUUAGAUUGCACCAACGAACUCACACGGGGGAGAAACCAUUUAAAUGUAUUGAAUGUGGAAAGUGCUUCUGUCAAAAUGGAACACUUAGAUUACACCAAUGAACUCACACUGGGGAGAAACCAUUUAAAUGUAUUGAAUGUGGAAAGAGCUUCAGUCGAUAUGGAAACCUUAGAAGACACCAACGAACUCACAUGGGGGAGAAACCAUUUAAAUGUAUAGAAUGUGGAAAGAGCUUCAGUCGAAAUGGAACACUUAGAAUACACCAACAAACUCACACGGGGGAGAAACCAUUUAAAUGUAUUAAAUGUGGAAAGAGCUUCAAUGAUAGUGGAAACCUUAGACAAUAUCAACAAACUCACACGGGGAGACACCAUUUAAAUGUAUUGAAUGUGGAAAGUGCUUCAGUCAAAAUGGAAAACUUAGAAGACAUCAACGAACUCACACGGGGGAGAAACCAUUUAAAUGUAUUGAAAGGGGGAAGAGCUUCAGUCAAAAUGGAACACUUAGAAUACACCAACGAACUCACAUAGGGGAGACACCAUUUGAAUGUAUUGAAUGUGGAAAGAGCUUCAGUCGAAAUGGAACACUUAGAAUACACCAACGAACUCACACAGGGGAGAAACCAUUUAAAUGUAUUGAAAGGGGGAAGAGCUUCAGUCAAAAUGGAACACUUAGAAUACACCAACGAACUCACACGGGGGAGAAACCAUUUGAAUGUAUUGAAUGUGGAAAACGUUUUAGUCAAUAUGUACACCUUAAAAGACAUCAACGAACUCACACGGGGGAGAAACCAUUUAAAUGUAUUGAAUGUGGAAAUAGCUUUAGUAGAAGUGAACACCUUAGAUUACACCAAUGAACUCAGACUGGGGAGAAACCAUUUAAAUGUAUUGAAUGUGGAAAGAGCUUCAGUCGAUAUGGACACCUUAAAAGACACCAACGAACUCACAUGGGGGAGAAACCAUUUAAAUGGAUAGAAUGUGGAAAGAGCUUCAGUCGAAAUGGAACACUUAGAAUACACCAACAAACUCACACGGGGGGAGAAACCAUUUAAAUGUAUUGAAUGUGGAAGGAGCUUCAGUCAAAAUGGACACUUUAGGAAACAUCAACGAACUCACACCGGAGAAGCCAUUUAAAUGUACUGAAUGUGGAAAGAAUGUGGAAAGAGCUUCAGUCCAUAUCGACAACUUAUAAGACACCAACUAACACAUGGGGAAGAAACCAUUUUAAUGUAUGGCAUGUGGAAGGAGCUGCAGCAAAAGUAGAGCACUUAGAAUACACCAACUAACUCAUACAGGGGAGAAACCAUUGGAAUGUAUUGAAUGUGGGAAGAGCUUCAACAGGAAGGAUAAACUUACAUUACAUUGGCGAACUCCCACAGUGGAGAAGCUUAAGUCAAUAUGGAACCUUAGGAAACAUCCGCUGACUCACAUGGGGAAAGCCAGAUUUAUGAAACGUGGAAAGAGCUUCAGAGGGAGUGAAGACCUUACUAUCCAUAAGAAAAUUCACACAGGCGGAAACCAUAUAAAUGUAUGGAGUUUUCCACUCAGGUUUUACCAGAUUUCCUGGGAAGUGAAGAUUACUGUCAAGUCUUUGGAUGUACAGAAAAGAAUUUGGCAGUGUUUGUUUUCAAUAAUAAUAAUAGCAACAGCAACAAUAAUAACAAUAAUUUAUGCCACACCCAUCUGGCUGGCUUUCCCUGCGGCAGAGCCACUCUUGGUGGCUUCCAACAAAAUAUUGAAAUACAAUAGUCCUUCAGAUAUUAAAAGCUUCCCUAAACAGGGCAGCCUUCAGAUGUCUUUUAAAGCCUGGUGGCUGUUUUUUCCUUUGACAUCUGGUGGGAGGGUAUUCCACAGGGAGGGCACCACUACCGAGAAGGCCUUCUGCAUGGUUCCCUGUAACUUCACUUCUCGCAGUGAGGCAACCUCCAGAAGGCUCUUGGUACUGGACCUCCAUGUCCAGGCAGAACGAUGGGGGUGGAGACUCUCCUCCUGUCACCAGUCUAGCCGCCGCAUUCUGGAUUAGUUGCAGUUUCGGGACCACUUACACAGGUAGCCCCACGUAGAGCGCAUUGCAGUAGUCCAAACAGGAGAUAACUGGAGCAUACACUACUCUGGCAAUACAGUCUAAGGGCAGAUAGGGUCUUAGCCUGCGUACCAGAUUGAGCUGGUAAACAGCUGCCCUGGACACAGAAUUGACCUGCGCUUCCAUUGACAGCUGCAAAUCCAAAAUGACCGCCAGGCUGUGCACCUGGUCCUUUAGGGGCACAGUUACCCCAUUCAGGACCAGGGAGUUCUCCACACCUGCCUGCCUCCUGUCUCCCAAAAAGGACAUCUACCUUGUCAGCAUUCAACUUUAAUAUGUUAGCUGCCAUCCAUCCUCCAACCACCUCCAGACACUCACACAGGACCUUCAUCAUCUUCACUGGUUCUGAUUUGAAAGAGAGGUAGAGCUGGGUAUCCGCAUACUGAUGAACAUCCAGCCCAAACCCCCUGAUCUCUCCCAGCGGCUUCAUGUAGAAAUCUGAAAAGCAUGGGGAGAGGACGGAACCCUGAGGCACCCCACAAGUGAGAGCUCAGGGGUCUGAACACUCAUCCCCCAACACCACUUUCUGAACAAGCCCCAGUGUAUAACAGUUCCUCCAGCUCCCAGCCCCUCUAGUUGAUCCAGAAGGAUGUUAUGGCCAAUGGUGUCAAAAGCCUCUGAAAGAUCCAGCAGAUCUAGGAAAUAGCUCUCACCUUGGUCCCUAGCCCGCCGGAAAUUAUCGUGUCCAGGUCAGUUUCAGUCCCAUGAUGAGGCCUGAAUCCCAACUGGAAGGGAUCCAAAUGGUCCACAUCUUCCAGGCGUCCCUGGAGUUGUUCAACAACCACCCACUCAUGCACCUUGCCAAAGAAUGGAAGAUUUGAGACUGGGCGAUAGUUGGCUGUAUUGGCUGGGUCUAAAGAUUUUUUUUAAAGCAGUUUAAUACAGUGGUGCCUCGGAUUACAUACGCUUCAGGUUACAGACUUCGCUAACCCAGAAAUAUUACCUUGGGUUAAGAACUUUGCUUCAGGAUGAGAACAGAAAUUGUACAGCGGCAGCAGGAGGCCCGAUUAGCUAAAGUGGUGCUUCAGGUUAAGAACAGUUUCACGUUAAGAACAGAUCUCCAGAACGAAUUAAGUUCUUAACCUGAGGUACCACUGUAACUGCCUCUUUCAGUGUGUCUGGGAAGGCUCCCUCACAGAGAGAAGCAUUCACCACCCCAUGGAGCCCAUCGCCCAGCCCUUCCCGGCUAGAUUUUAUGAGCCAGGAUGGGCAAGGAUCAAGGAGACAGGUGGUUGGUUUCACUCAUCUAAGCAGCCUGUCCACAUCCUCGGACAUAACAGAUUGGAAUUGAUCCCACGCAACUUUACUAGACAGGACUCUAGCACUCACCAGCCCCCGCCCUGCUCCCACGGGGGAGUCUACCUCUCUUAAUCUGAGCGACUUUAUUUGCAAAAACUUUGCAAAAUCAUUGCAGGAGAUCAUGUGGCCUGUACCGGGCACCAUUGGAGAGAUGGUUCCAUUAAAUUGCAAACCACCUGAAAGAGUCUCCUGCUGCUGUUUUCUGCAGAUGCAAUAGAGGGGGUGAAGAAGGUUUUCUUCACCUUCAGUAUCGCCAUUUGGUAGGCUCAACGUUGAGCUCUAACCCGUGUCCGGUCAGAUUCAGAAUGAGGUUUCUGCCACUGGCGCUCUACCCAUCUCGUUGCCCUCAGAUCCUUGGAAAACCAUGGGAUGGUUGCACUCCAUGCAAUCGGAGUGGGCUUUUUGGAGCCAGAUACUCAAUAGCCCUGGUUAACUCCACAUUCCAACAGGCCACCAAGGAAUCAGCUGAAAGGCCAUCAACAUGGGAUAAAACAUCCCCUGCCACUCUCUGGAAACCAUUUGGAUCCAUUAAGUGGUGGUGGCGGACCAUCCAAAUCGAACCCACAUCCCUGCAGAGGGGAAGGGUUGUGGAGAAGUCCAGUUGCACCAGGAAGUGAUCUGAACAUGGCACUUAUUUAGUUUCGCUUUUACUUAGUGUCAGAUCACCAACAUCCAUAGAGGAGAAAAACCAGGUCUAAGGCAUUUCUGCGACUAUAAGUUGGGCCAAACUUAUUUAGGGACAGCCCAUGGAGGCCAUGCUUUCCACAAAGUCCCAAUCGGCCCCUUGUAAGGUUGUGUCGGCGUGAAUGUUAAAAUCCCCCAGGACAACCAAAUUAGGUGUCUCCAGGAGAACAUCUGCCACGACCUGAAGCAGCUUGGGCAGGGAAUCCUUGGUGCAGCGGGGUGGUCGGUACACCAAAAGGAAUCCUGUACUGCCCCUAUUGUCCAACUUCAAGAACAUUCACUCAGAGAACUGGGUCUUCCCAAUAGGACGCCUGGUGCAAAUUAAUGACUUCCUACAAAUCACUGCAAAUCACACCCUCCCCUGCCCACAUGACUUGGGUUGCUGUGCGUAAGAGAAACCUGAUGGACAAGCAGUGGCAAGGACAGGUCCACCUGCUUCAUCCCACCAGGUCUCUGUUAAACAUGCCAGGUCAAGUUCUCCAUCCACAAUCAAGUCAUGGAUGGCAGUGGUCAUAUGAAUCAUUGACCUGGCAUUCCAUAGCGGCACCUUCGGGUCAUGUGGGUCUCCCUUGCUGAUUCCAGUAUCCAUCCAAAUGACACCAGACCCAGAGGCAGGGAUAGUCCUCAAACUGAAAUGGGGGGCCAUGCUAUUUGGUGACCCUCUUUUUUCUUUUUUAAUUUAUACUUCUACAUCACACAAACAAGCAUUGAAUAAAACGAACAAACAAUAGAAAACAGAAGAAAAUGCAAAAACUAAAUUACAAGGAUCUAAACAUAAUAUGCAAUCAAAAAUACAAAACAUUAUAUUCUCUCCAAAAAAGGAAAAAGAACGAAAAACACCAAAAAAGAAAAAGAAAGGGGGGGGAAUGACUUCUAACUAACUCCAUGUGGCUCUUUAUUCUUCAUAUCACUGGUUGUCUGUAAUGAUUAAUUUUUUGGAGAAUUAUUCUAAUUACCUGUGACAUUUUUAUUCUAAACUAAGCCAAGUAUGAAUCUGGAAAUCGGUUCUCUUCGUAUAAUUUAUAAAGACUUUCCACUCUCUCCUUAUUUUCUCAUUAGAAUAACUUCUUAUUAAACCUGUAAGUCUGGCCAAUUCAAGAUAUCCUGACAAUUUAAGAACUCUUUCUUCUUUUGUUGGUGUUAUGUUACUUUUCCAAUUUUUAGCCAUUACUAUCCUGGCCGCCGUUACUGCAUACAAAAAUAUUAUUUUGGUUUCUUUUGGGAUGUCUGUUGUUAAUAGGCCCAAAAAAACCUUUCUGGUUUUUUGGAGAAAGUAUGUCUUAACAUUUUAAUUAAUUCUUCAUUAAUGGUAUCUCAAAAUUAUUUAAUUUUAGGGCACGUCCACCACAUAUGGAAGACAUUCACUUCUUUAAGUUUGCACCUCCAACACUUUCCACUGGUGUUUUGGUACAUUUUAGCCAAUUUCGAGGGUUUAAGAUACCAUCUGUACAUCAUUUUUAAAAAAAAUUAUUUUAUUGUAUAACAUGCUGUAAAUCUUAUGUGGUGUGGUGUGGUGUGGUGUAGUGGUUAAGAGCGGUAGUCUCGUAAUCUGGGGAACCUGGUUCGCGUCUCCGCUCCUCCACAUGCAGCUGCUGGGUGACCUUGGGCUAGUCACACUUCUUUGAAGUCUCUCAGCCCCACUCACCUCACAGAGUGUUUGUUGUGGGGGAGGAAGGGAAAGGAGAUUGUUAGCCGCUUUGAGAGUACUGAAGGGGAGUGAAAGGCGGGAUAUCAAAUCCAAACUCCUCCUCUUCUUCUUUUCUAUAAGUUUUCCCAUUUUUCUAAAUCAAUUGAAUGACCGAUAUCUUGUGCCCAUUUGACCAUGACAUCUUUAAACUCUUUGUCUCUUAAGUGCCAAUUUAAUAAUAGUUUAUACAUUUUGGAUAAAUUUUUAUCAUCAUUUAUAAUCAUUUUUUUGUCUAUUUCGGAUAAUUUUGUAUCAAAUCCAUUUACAUUCUUGUCUUCCUCAAAAAUUGGAUUUAAUUGAUGGUAUUGAAACCAGCCUUUUCCUGUAUGUCUUAUUUCAUAUUUUUUUCAUUUGUAAUCUACUAUUUACUUCCUCUAAAAGAUCUUUAUACAUCAACCAAUUUGAAUCCAUAUUUUUUCUUUUUACUGCCUCUGCCUCCAUUGGUGACAACCACCAUCGGGUUUUUGGUUCUAAUAUUUUUUUGUUGCUUUCCCAAACUUCAUAAAAGGCUUUCCUAAUAAUGUGAUUUAGGAAUCCCUUGUGGAUUUUUGCUUUAUUGUAACCCGGGUAGCCGUGCCACCCCACUAUAUUAUCCCAGCCCUCAAUAUCCAAUAAUUUAGUAUUCUUCAAGAUCAUCCAUUCCUUGAGCUAGACCAGGCCGGCAACUUCUCUUUUUAAAAAAAAAAUAAUUUUUAUUAACAGGCCAAUCACAUCACAUUAUCCAAAUCACAUUAGUUUCAAAUUAUACAGCCAAAUUUUAAAUUUUGUUGGGGGUACCCAUACAUCAAGCUCCGCACGAGUCCAAAACUCCGAACGAGUCCAAACAUCACUUAUAUUACUGCUUUAAUUAGACAGUUCUAUCCAGUUCAAUCCAGAUAGUCCUUUAAUUACUUUCUUUCUCUUCUUGUUGUUAUCGUAUAUUCCUUUCUUUGUGAUCUCUGAUAAUUUUCACAAGCAGAUUGAAAACAGGCAUCCUUUGUGUGGGUUUUGUACUGUCCAAAGAUCAUAUCACUCAGGGACACCCUCUGUUCAGCGCUUCCAUAAAAAAAAUUAAUCUUCGGUCUGUCCUUUACUUUUCUCAGGCUUGCCAAAUAAAUCAAAUGAGUCAGGAGGCUCUGUCAGGUCAAGUUUGCAUUCCAACAUUCCUUCUCUUUUGAAUAAUCCUGAUUCUCCUCCCCCUGUCCUUCUUUCUCCGGCAAGCCUGUCUUGGCGAGACGCCAUUUUUUAACUGCGUCAUGAAAAUUUUCCUCUUUCUCACCGUUCACCAAUCCUCUCUCCUGUUAUAAUCCAUCCCACACAGUUCUUGAAUUCCUGCUUGUGAUUAAUAAAAACGCAACAAUCUUAUUUCUAUCUGGGGUGAAGGGUUAUUAAUAUCACAUCGUGCAAAUAAAAAAUUUUUUUCCUCCACACACACCCCCCCCCCCUUCAUUCCAAACAUACAGUCUCCUAGUGGUGAUUCAUCAGAAGAUUUACUUAUCCAUCUGUCACUCCUGGUCACAGAGAUCCAUUAAUCAGCACUCUUAUCUCUCGAACAUUACUUGAUAUAUGUGCUUCAGCUUCAUUCCAAUCGUAUGUUUCCAAUUAUAAUUCCGAGCUGAAGCUAACCAGCACGCGCUAAUUGGAAUCGGCGUCAGGAAGAUCUGACUUCACCGAGGGCUCGUGCCAAGUGUUCGGCAGCCCCAUCUCUCGGAUCGGGGGUGCAUUGUGAACACCGCUGGCAAGGCAGUGCCCCCCGUCUCCUGGGGGGGUAGGAAGACUGCAUACUUCCCAUAGCAGCCCCUUAUUUACCUCGUAUGGGCCAGAGAGAUGUUAUUGUCGGCCAUCUUCCAACGCGCCACCUGGUGGCCCCCAGGCAGACAACUUCAUAGUAGAUCCUAAAAUCUGGCAUUCCAAACCCUCCUUUGUUUUUGGUUACUGUUAAUAGUUUAAAUUUAAUUCUGGUGUUUUUUUUUGCCCUGCCAAAUGUAUUUCGCCAAAUACCUGUGCCAUUCCUUAAAACAAUUUAAGCCAUUAAGAACCGGAAUUGAUUGAAAAAGGAACUGCAUUUUUGGUAAAACUACCAUCUUGAUUGUAGAAAUUCUUCCCCACAACGUGAGUUUUAAUUUACUCCAGAUUUCUAAGUCUUUCCUAAUUUUGCUCCAUACCUUAAUAUAAUUGUCUUUCUAUAAAUUAAUGUUUUUCAUGGUUAUCCAAAUUCCUAAAUACUUUGCUCUGUAAUUUUAAGUCUAUUUCUAACUUUACUUUUUCUUGUAUAUCUAAUUAUUUUACCAGGAGUUUUGUUUUUUCUUUAUUAAUUUUGAAUCGUGAUAAUUGUCCAAACGCCUUUCUUUUUCCUUUCCUUUCCUUUUAUUAUAAUAAUUUUUAUUGAUUUUCUUUCUUACAACAAAUAUUCAUCACCAUCACUAAAUAUUCCUAUAUCUCAUCAUAGUCUUUCAAUUUUAACUUUCCUUCUUGUUCUAUUAGUAAUUCUCUGUAUGUUGGCCGUAUUCCUUCCAUUGUUGAUGUGUUAAGUGAUAGUGCUUCAAUGGGUGAUAGCCACCAUGGAGUUUGGGGUUCCAAUAAUUUUUUGUAUUUUCCUCAUACCUUUAUUAAAAACUUAUUAUUGUAUUAUGGAGUCCUUUGUGUACUUUUGUUUUCCCAUACCACAAAUAUGCAUGCCAACCAAAUCUGUUGUCAUGUCCUUCCAGUUCUAUUGCCUCUUCUUUCUCCAAUUUAAUCCAAUCUCGAAUCCGAGUAAGACAAGCUGCUUCAUAGUAAAUUUUGAGAUCUGGAAGGGAAAAGCCUCCCCUUUCUUUUAAGUCUGAGUUUUGUAUUUUAUUCUUGGCCUUGUUUUUUCCAACAUUACUACAAUAAUAAUAAUAAUAAUAAUAAUAAUAAUAAUAAUAAUAAAUAAUAGUAAUAAUAACAACAAUAAUUUAUUAUUUGUACCCCGCCCAUCUGCCUGGGUUUCCCAGAGCAGCCUUUUUCAUCCUGUGGGUCCCCAGAUGUUGCUGAACUACAACUCCCAUCACCCCUAGCUAGCAAGGCCAGAGCUCAGGGAUGAUGGGAGUUGUAGUCCAACAACAUCUGGGGACCCACAGGUUGAGAACUGCUGCUGUAGAGGGUUUUCUGUUGUAAUUAUUAGAUUGUCUGCUUAGGCUCUGACCUUAUAGGCCCUUUGUCCAACUUUAAUUCCUUGUAUUCUAGGGUCUUCUCUUAUUGCUUUAAAAUAUACUUCCAGAAGUGUGAUAAAGAGGAGAGGAGAAAGAGGGCAGACCUGUCUUGUUCCCUUAGAGAUAUUAAAAUCUUCUGAUAUUUCACCAUUGAUAAUUAGUCUGACCUUUUGGGAAUUAUAACUCGCUUUUAUGCCACUACAUAUUUUCUCACCCAAACUCGUCAUUUCCAAAGUUUUUUGCAUGAAUGCCCCUGAAACAUCAAAUGCUUUCUCCGCAUCCACCAAGAGCAGGGCUGCCUUUUUAUCUGGUCUCAUUCUAGGUAUUUUAUUGUAUCUACAGUGGUGCCUUGCAAGACGAAAUUAAUUCGUUCCGCAAGUCUCUUCGUCUUGCGAGUUUUUCGUCUUGCGAUGCACGGUUUCCCAUAGGAAUGCAUUGAAAAUCAAUUAAUGCGUUCCUAGGGAAACCGCCUUCAGACCAGGUCCGGGGACAGUCGGUCCCCGGACCUCUUCUGAAGGCUGGGGGGGGGGGGGACAAGGUCUUUUCUUCAUACCCCCAGCAUUUUAAAAAACCCCGGGACAGCGGAGGACUUCUCCGCUGUCCGGGCGAUCUUAAAAUGCUGGCGGGCGGCAUUUUAAAAUCGCCCCGGGACAGCGGAGGACUUCUCCGCUGUCCGGGGCGAUUAAAGCCCCUGGGAAGGCAGGCAGGGGGACAAAGACUUUGCCCCCCGCCAGCCUUCAGAAGAGGUCCUGGACCUCUUCUGAAGGCGGGCGGGGGCAAAGUCUUUGCUCCCCUGCCUUCAAAAGCCCUCCGGGACAGGCAGACAGGGGGGAGCAAAGACUUUCGCCCCCCCGCCCGCCUUCAGAAGGUGUCCCCUCCCCCCGCCCGGCUUCCGGAGCACCGUGCCCGAGGCCGGGCGGCGGCGGGAGGUGUCCCCUCCCCCGCCCGGCAUCGGAGCACCGUUACGAAGCCGGGCGGCGGGGGGAGGUCGUACCUCCCCACCGCCCGGCUUCGGAGCACCGUUCCGAAGCCGGGCGGCGGCGGGAGGUGUCCCCUCCCCCCCGCCCGGCUUCGGAGCACCGUUCCGAAGCCGGGUGGCGGCGGGAGGUGUUCCCACCCCGCCGCCCGGCUUCGGAGGAGCCUUCCGAAGCCCGGCGGCGGCGGGAGGAGGUGUCCCCGCCCCGCCACCAGGCUUCGGAGGAGGUCCGAGGACUGGGGAAGACGCGCUGCGCUUCCCCGCUGUCCCUGAGAUUUCCCUAUGGGCUGUCGUCUUGCGAAGCAAGCCCAUAGGGAAAUUCGUUUUGCGAAGCGCCUCCAAAACGGAAGACCCUUUCGUCUAGCGGGUUUUCCGUCUUGCGAGGCGUUCGUCUUGCGGGGUACCACUGUACUAAGAAUCAUAAAGGUAAAGGGACCCCUGACCAUUAGGUCCAGUCGCAGACAACUCUAGGGUUGCGGUGCUCAUCUCACUUUACUGGCCGAGGGAGCCGGCUUACAGUUUCCAGGUCAUCUGGCCAGCAUGACUAAGCCGCAUCUGGCGAUCCGGAGCAGUGCAUGGAAACGCCGUUCACCUUCCCGCUGGAGUGUUAUGUAAUAAAAAAAUUUAAGGCCUUUUAUAUAUAAUAGGUAAAGGUAAAGGUGCCCCUGCCCGUACAGGCCAGUCUUGACAGACUCUAGGGUUGUGCGCUCAUCUCACUCUAGAGGCCGGGAGCCAGCGCUGUCCGCAGACACUUCCGGGUCACAUGGCCAGCGUGACGAAGCUGCUGUGGCGAACUGGCACCAGAGCAGCACACGGAAACGCCAUUUACCUUCCCACUAGAAAGCGGUACCUAUUUAUCUACUUGUACUUAAGGGUGCUUUCAAACUGCUAGGUGGGCAGGAGCUGGGACCAAACGACGGGAGCUCAGCCCGCCGCGGGGAUUCGAACUGCCGACCAUGCGAUUGGCAAGUCCUAGGCGCUGAGGUUUUACCCACAGCGCCACCCGUGUCCCUUUAUAUAUAAUAGAUGUUCAUAAAUGUACCAACCAAACACGUACAUAGAUACGUGGACCACGUGUCUGGAGCAGCACGGGAAGACUGUCCUGAAACCAUUUUGACUCCCAAACUGACGAAAUGUAUUCUCUGCAAGGAGGGAGGGGUGAGGGGCCUUCCCAUUGUCUCAGGAAUUGGGUAAUCACCGUCUCAAAGGAAUGGCCAGACUACCAGGAAAGGCAAUCAGAUAAGACAUUAUCACAUAACCUGGCAGACAGGAAAAACAACAACAUUCAAAGUUCUGUUGUAGACCACCUUUUCUGUGGUGUAAGUAUGAUGUUGGUGGGGGGUGGUCUUGGGUUACACCCCUUCUGUGAUGUAUGUAUGAUGUAUGGAGGGGUGGUCUUGAGCUCCAGGGCAGGGAAUUUAAAAAUUCUAUGUAAUGGCAGGCACACCUUUGUCCGGGGUCCUCCUCCUUUCUCCUGCCUGUGAGGGGAGCAACCUGUUGCAACAGUUCAAUAAAGAUCAGGCUUACUAGCUGCUUUGCUUCUCAAUAUUCUCUGGUUGGCUUCUUUGAUUUUCUCCAACUGAUGGAGAACCGGCAAAGGACUCUAUAAGGGCUCUUGUGACCCCCAUAAGGGAAUAAGGGCAGAUUUUGUUUACAACAGGUACCUAUUUAUCUACUUGCAGUUUGAUGUGAUUUCGAACUGCUAGGUUGGCAGGAGCAGAGACAGAGCAAUGGGAGCUCACCCCUUCGCGGGGAUUCGAACAGCCAACCUUCUGAUCGGCAAGCCCUUAGUGAGGACAAUAUAUUCUUGCAGGAACUGGGAGCCAAAGCAGGCACAGUCCAGCUGGGGCAAAGUAUGAUCUUAUAUUCCCUAUGCACACGUUCCCUCCCUCCUCUUCCCAUUGGUUGGGUGCUACAAGGUUUUCCUUCCCCCAGUUAUCAAAUAACAGACAAGAGGCUGAACGUGGGGAGAAGCUUCUCCUUCCUCCUCUGAGUUGCCUCCACUUCCGGCUUCACCAGCAGAGAUAAAAUUGGAGCUGGCAAAGGAGGGAGGGGAGGAGGCGGGAAGGGGGGCUGCAUUGUGCGGAGGAGGGGGCUUCUUCCUAAUUAAGCCUCCUAAUUAAGCGCCCUCACGCCCUGCCUCCCACGCGGGGGCUCCCAUUCCCGCCCCACUGCCCAGGAUGUGGGGUGAGUGCAAAGCCAAUGGCAGGGAAGGAGGGAAGGGGCUUUGCGAGGGGGUCCAGGAUGAGAAGCCCCCGGACGGGGAGAAGAGAAGGGAGGGAAGGGAGCUGUUUUCUUAAAGGGGGCUUGAAGGGGAGGGGGGGGGGAGAAGCUUCCUCCUGCAGGGAUCUGGUACAAAGGGAGUUGCAGGGAAGGAGGGGGGAGAGGGGUGGGCAUUGCUGGCCAGGAUCGCCUUAAUAGUAUUACAGUGCUACCUCGGGUUACAUACGCUUCAGGUUACAGACUCUGCUAACUCAGAAAUAGUACCUCGGGUUAAGAACUUUGCUUCAGGAUCAGAACAGAAAUCACGCAGCAGCAGCGCGGUGGCGGGUGGUCCCAUUAGCUAAAGUGGUGCUUCAGGUUAAGAACAGUUUCACGUUAAGAACGGACCUCCAGAACGAAUUAAGUAUUUAACCCAAGGUACCACUGUAAUUUAAAUUUAGUAUCUAUACCCCAGCAGAAGACCCCUCGGAGGAGGACCUUAUCUUUAGGCAACAGGCGAAAGCAUUGCUCUUCUCCCAGGGGUUUGGCUUAUUAAACAAUCUUUGGACUUUACAACUGAGUUGGGGGGGUGUUGUUUUUAUUUCUUACUCUGCUAUGCAUCUCUGUGUUUUUCUCUUGGGUAAGGUAAUUGAGAGAGCGGUUGCCGAACAGCUUGGUUGGUUUCUGGAGGAAACAUCGGCUGUAGAUCCAUUUCAGUCCGGUUUCCGUCCUGGUUUUGGGACCGAGACGGCUCUGGUUGCCCUAACAGACGAUCUCCGUAGACAACUGGAUCGAGGCGGGUCAGGACUGGUGAUCCUUCUAGAUUUGUCAUGGUCGAUCAUUAUCUUUGCCUUUGACAUGGUCGAUUAUGAUCUUCUGGACCACCGCCUCGCAGACGUGGGGAUACAGGGCAUAGCCCGUAACUGGCUGUGCUCUUUUAUCUCUGGUCGGGGACAGAGGGUGGCACUAGGGAGGGAAAUGUCGUCGCACCACUCCUUGGUGUGUGGAGUGCCACAGGGCACAAUUCUCUCCCCGAUGCUUUUAAACAUCUUUAUGCGCCCCCUUGCCCAGAUUAUCCGGAGCUUUGGGCUGGGCUGUCACCAAUAUGCUGAUGACACUCAGCUCUAUCUGCUGAUGGAUGGCCACACCGUCUCGGCCACACCGACACACUGACCAGAUGCUUGGAAGCUGUGGCUGGAUGGUUUUGUGGGAGCCGAUUGAAACUAAAUUCUUCGAAGACAGAGGUCCUAUGGCUGGGUCGGGAUGACAUGGGGAUGAGGGACCAACUCCCUUCUCUUGUGGGGGCCCAAUUAGUGCCAUUGCCUUCCGUUAAGAGUUUGGGUGUAAUCCUUGACGCCUCCCUUUCCAGGGAGGCGCAGGUUACAGCAACAGCCAAGGUGACAUUUUUCCACCUUCGCCGCAUCAAGCAGUUGGUCCCUUACCUUUCCCGCCCUGACCUGGCCACAGUGAUCCAUGCGACAGUCAUCUCCAGGCUUCACUACUGUAAUUCGCUCUACACGGGGCUGCCCUUGAAACUGUCCCAGAAACUCCAGCGGGUGCAGAAUGCUGCAGCGAGGCUCCUCAUGGGGUCUCUGCCAUGGGAACAUAUUCAUCCAGUGCUUUUCAAGCUGCACUGGCUCCCGGUGGAGUACAGGGUCAGAUUUAAGGUGCUGCUUUUGACCUUUAAAGCCCUUCACGGCCUUGGACCCUCGUACCUAUGGGACCGCCUCUCCCGGUAUGCCCCAUGGAGAGCCUCAAGGUCCAUAAAUGGCAACACCCUAGUGGUCCUGGGCCCUAAGGAAGUUAGAUUGGCUUCAACCAGAGCCAGGGUCUUUUCAACUCUGGCUCCGGCCUGGUGGAAUGCUCUGCCUCAUUAGACCAGGGCCCUGCAGGAUCUGAUAUAUUUCCGCAGGGCCUGUAAGACAGAGUUGUUCCGCCUGGUCUUUGGCUUGGUGCCAAUUUGAUUCCCUCCCUCUCUUUUUUCUUUCCUUCUCCUCCUGCGAGGAGGCUACAUUUUAAUAUUUUAAUGUUUCAAUAUUUUAAUGUUGUAUUUUAAUUUUGUUUUUAAGUUGUAAUCAUUCAACUUGUUUUUAUUAUUGCUUGUAAGCCGCUCGGAGCCCGGCCUUGGCUGGGGAGGGCGGGGUAUAAAAAAUUAUUAUUAUUAUUAUUAUUAUUAUUAUUAUUAUUAGCUGCCCUGUGAUCUUUGGAGGAAGGGCAGUAUAGAAAUUUAAAGAACAGCAGUAAAAAUAGGAACCCCUCUUGCGUUCAAGGGGAGGGGUUGGGACAAAGUCUCUGACCAGCAUGCAUAGCAGGAUGCGCUUAGGAGGGAAUAAUAAUAAUAAUAAUAAUAAUAAUAAUAAUAAUAUAAAUAAAUAAAAACUGUGUUGCCUCAGCCACUCUGGGCGGCUUCCAACAAAAACACCAAAAAAUUUAAAACAUCGAAAACUUCCCUAUAUAGGGCUGACAUCAGAAGACUUCCAUUUUGUAGAAAUGGCCUUUGAAUUUAAAGAAAUGCCCUCUUUAAGGAACCAGGUGGUGUAAACGUGUAUGUUGUCCUCUAGGUCCAAACACAUAGUAAGAGUUGGAAUUCACUUUCUCUCCUAAAUCCUUUAUACUUGUAGUAUUCUCAUCAAUUUUUACUGAGAACUCGGCUAUUCGCCUAUUUGUUUCUGCCCCCUGUUUCAUUAAGAAUUCCAAAGAUUCAUUUAUUUUGCAAAGUGCUUGUGCCACUGGAUCAGAAGACAUAACUUUUGGUUUUGUUUGCACAGCUGCAGUUGCUCCUGUACUUCCUGCGCCACCAGUUACUGAGACCCUUCGCUGUUGUGGAAUAUCAGUCUUGUAUUGUCUACCAGACCUGGUGGUUUUUUCCAUAACACUCUCAUGCAGCCAAGGUCACCUACAAACUUGUUUUGAAAGGGAAAUUUCCAGUGGCUUUGCAGUUCUUACAAUUGUAACAAAGUCUCCUCUAGGGGGAGAAACUUUCCGGUUUCACUUCACAGAUAAACAAAAUAUCUCCUUAAAAUGUCCCAGAAAAUGCCACAGUUUCAAUUUCUUUCAAAAGUUAUUUUAUGCAUGAAACAGUCCAGCAACUUUAUAUCCUUUAGCAGAGUGAUUUCAAAUGUCCCUUCAAAAGAUUUGACACAUUGACAGUCUCUAGCCGGCUUCCCCUGUCAAGGCAGUCCGUCCCAGGGUUUAAGGCAGCAGAUGUAAUUUUACUCUCCCUUUUCUAGCAGGUAAAUAGGGCAAAGUAUCCUCUCCCUCUGCUCCUGCUGGCAAGAGGGGGUUCUCACUUUGACGUUAGAUUUACUUAGUCCCACUGUAAAACAGCUCUUUAUAUUACAGCUUGACAGUCUCUUUGUUUUUCUCUGUAGUCCGGAAAGGCAGACUUCCCUUUUAUACCUUUCCCGUCUCAGUUCCCAAUUCUUUUAAAUUAUUUUUAAGUCCAAUAGGGUCUUUUAAUCCUACUCACGGGUAGUUGCUUUUGAAUCCAAUUUUCAGAGAAGAAUCAGCGCUCUCCGUCAAUGGCGAUGCGGCUUCGCUCCGCGGACUGGGUGACGACUCUCAGUACCGCACCACUCACCCGCUGCCACUCGGAAGCCUUUAAAAAGGCUUCUUCCUGGCUUCGGGGGGGCGCCAAGGGUACCCGCCGAGUCUCCUUGUUCCCAGGCUUCACCGCCUGCGAUUUUUGAGGGCCCCUGCUUCGCCGUAGCAGCAGGACUCGAACCCGCGAAGCAGACUCCCUCCGGAGCUCGGAGGGAUGUCCGCCAUUAAACGCUGGCGCUUCCUUCUUCUCCAUGCAAGGGCCACCCAUGUAUUCAGAGCAGUCCUUUGCAGAUUAACUCUUAAGUUCCAUGGGAUCUACUCUCGGGCCACUAAUGUGCAUACCAUGCCAGCCUUAGGAAGGGAGGUGGGACAGGCAGGUGAAAGGAAUUGCCAAAGGUGUUUUAAAAGGGGUGGAGGAUAUUGGGAAGAGGGUGCCCAGUUGGUGCUUCUCCAGGGGCAGCAGAAUGUCUUGGGCAGGAGAAUCCCUGCAGGGGCUCUGAGACUCCCUUGGCUUCUUCUUCCCUCCCUCCCAGGAAGCUGCAACUGGCUCUGGAUUCUGCGCUCCUCAGGAAGCUGAAGCUGCAAACCUAGCUGAGACUGAACCUGCAACCCUGGCCAGGAUGGAAGGAGGAAGAUGGACGGUUCACCUGGUCAGGCUGUCUCCCUCAUCCCUCCCCACAACCUCUGAGCAUUCCCUCCCAGGACCCUUGGAGAAAUCUGGUGAGUUCCAGGGGAGAGGAGAUGGGGACAGGGAUAGAUGGAUGGUGGAGGGAGAAAGAGGAAAAGAUGGAGAGGAGACAAAUGGAAGGAGGUUCCUGAACGUAAGAAGGAAGGGGUGAGGCCUUCUCCAAAGCAGCUCUUUGUUUCUUUAAUCCCUUUCAUAAAGUACAGUGGUAUCUCGGGUUACAUACGCUUCAGAUUACAGACUCCGCUAACCCAGAAAUAGUACCUCUGGUUAAGAACUUUGCUUCAGGAUGAGAACAAAAAACGUGCGGCAGUAGCAGGAGGCUGCAUUAGCUAAAGUGGUGCUUCAGGUUAAGAACAGUUUCAUGUUAAGAACAGACCUCCGGAACGAAUUAAGUACUUAACCUGAGGUACCCCUGUAGUGGGGACAGAUUUUCUUCCUCCAGGGUUUUAAAUCUUAGGAGUUACAGUGGUACCUUGGUUCUCAAACAUAAUAGGUUCCGGAAGUGUUCCAAAACCAAAGCGUUUCAAAACCAAGGCAUGCUUUCCCAUAGAAAGUAAUGCAAAAUGCCAAGUGGCCAAAAUAUUGGGAGAUCUUGGAGCAAGAAGGAGAUAAAUUGAAAUUGCAGAGUUUUGAGAAAUUAAAAGAUAGAAUGCGAGAUUGGCUUCAUUAUUAUCAAAUAAGAGAGGUAUAUAAUUUGGACAAAAAAAUUGGCUUCCAGGAGGAAAAAUCAAAGUUGGAAACAGAAUUGCUAGAUCCCAAUACAAAGAUACUUUCAAGAAUGUAUAACUUGCUGUUAAAAUGGAACACUCAAGAUGAAACGGUUAAAUCUGCCAUGAUUAAAUGGGCACAGGAUGUUGGACAUAACAUUAUGUUUGCUGACUGGGAACAGUUGUAGACCACAGGUAUGAAAUUUACGGCAUGUAAUGCCUUAAGAGAGAAUAUUAUGAAAAUGAUAUACAGGUGGUACAUAACACCAGUCAAGCUUGCAAAAAUCUAUCACUUGCCCGAUAAUAAAUGCUGGAAAUGUAAAGAAACUGAAGGUACAUUCUUUCACCUUUGGUGGACGUGCCCAAAGAUUAAGGCUUUCUGGGAGAUGAUCUAUAAUGAAAUGAAAAAGGUAUUUAAAUAUACCUUUCUGAAGAAACCAGAGGCCUUUCUCCUGGGCAUAGUCGGCCAAUUGGUACCAAAGAAGGAUAGAACCUUUUUUAUGUAUGCAACAACAGCAGCAAGAAUACUGAUUGCAAAGUAUUGGAAGACACAGGAUUUACCCACACUGGAAGAAUGGCAGAUGAAAGUGAUGGACUACAUGGAAUUGGCAGAAAUGACUGGCAGAAUCCGUGACCAGGGAGAAGAGUUGGUGGAAGAAGAUUGGAAGAAAUUUAAAGACUACUUGCAGAAAUACUGUAAAAUUAAGGAAUGUUAAAAUGAUGUCGGAUGGAAAAUAAGUGGUAUUGGUAAAAAGAUUAUCAAGAAUAUGUAAAUAUGGAUUGAUAGUGGUUAUAAACAUAUGGUUAUAAUAGGUUAAGAUAUUGAGUAAAGAUAAAUGACAGAGGGUAAGGAUUUGCUGAAUUAAAUAUCUGAACUGGAAUACAAAAAGGGAGGCGUGAGGAGGUCAGGAAACUAGUAAAUGAAGUAUAAGAUAUGAAAUUAUUGAUUUUUUUUCUUUUAUUUUUUUCCUUUUUGUUAACUGUUUUCUAUUUUGUAUUUUUCAUGUGUUCUGUUUUUGUAUUUUUGUAGGUUUUUUUUCUUUUUUAAGGUUAUUCUUUGUUCUUAUUUGUUAAGUCUAAACUUUGAAACUUUUUAAUGUUUUUACAAUCUCAAUAAAUAUUUUUUUUUUUUUUUUAAAGAAAGUAAUGCAAAAUGGAUUACCGUAUUUUCUGUCCCAUAGGACGCACCUAGUUUUUUUGGGGGGAAAUAAAGGAAAUUUUUUCCCCUUUAUUUCCCCCCCAAAAGCAGGUCGGGGAAACCGAACCAGGUCCAGGAACAGCGGGAUGGCGGCGCUGCGCCUCCCUGCUGUCCCCCGAGCUUGUGGGGCUGGCCGAUGUCUGUCCGGCGUGAGGGGCGCUCUGCUUUAGGGCGCCGGACGCUCUGGGAAGCAGGCUGCUAUUCGCAGCCUAGACAUACCUGCGGGACCUCCUGCAGGGCUGCCUAGGCUGCGAAUGUGUUCCCGAAGCGCCGGGCGCUCUGCUUUCAGGGCGCCCGACGCUCCGGUAAGCAGGCUGCUAUCCGCAGACUAGACAUCCCUGCGGACCUCCCGCAGGGCUGCCUAGGCUGCGGAUGUCUUCCUGAAGCCUAGAGAGCGAGAGGGGUCGGUGCGCCCCGACCCCUCUCGCUCUCCAAGCUUCAGCGAAAGCAUCCAUUCGCCCCAUAGGACGCACCCAGAUUUCCCCUUCAUUUUUGGAGGGGAAAAAGUGCGUCCUAUAGGGCAAAAAAUACGGUAAUGCGUUCCAGACUUUUAAAAAUAACCCCUAAAACAGCAAUUUAACAUGAAUUUUACUAUCUAACAAGACCAUUGAUCCAUAAAAUGAAAGCAGUAAUCAAUGUUCUGUACCAUAAAAUAAAGAAGACAGUAUUGUUGAUGAUAAAAAUUACCGUAUUUUUCGCUCUAUAACACGCACCCGACCAUAACACGCACAUAGUUUUUUGAGGAGGAAAAAAAUAUUCUAAACAAAACAAUGGAUGUAUGAUUUUUGUGGUUCAUGCUGUGGGCACAGACAUGUGAUCUGACGGUGAGUUUGGGGUAGCCCAAUGCAAAAAUCCUGAGGAUCCAUGUGGAUCCAUGCUUUGUAAGCAUGUUUUUGCACCUCUGCAGGGGCUCUUCUCCCGCUUUGCUGUUUCAAAGCAAGCCACGGAGGAGGGAAGGAAGGGGAACCAUGGAUCCUCUGCUCACGACUGCAGCAGAUACCCCGCCAUCUGUAGGCAUUCGCUCCUUAACACGCACAGACAUUUCCCCUUACUUUCUAGGAGGAAAAAAGUGAGUGUUAUGAUGCAAAAAAUACGGUAAAAUUAAAAAAAGAAGCCACAAUCAAAAAUGAAAAAGCCACACAAACAAAAAUGCAAAAAAUAGGAAAAAACUAAAGCACCAAAUGUCACCUCAGAACACUGCAACCAGAAAUGGCUUGAAUAUUGAUGGGGUGGGGGCUUAAAUCAGCUGUGCAAGGGAACAAAUGGGAUGAAAAAAGCUUUAAUUACAAUGGGAGGGGGGACUUAAAUUAGCUGCUCAAGGAUACAACUGGGAUGUAAAAAAACCUUAAUUACGAUGGGGGGGGGGGACUUAAAUUUGCUGUGCAACAGUAAAAAUGGAAGCCCAGGAGCACGUUCUGUUUCCGAGGAAAAGUUCAAAAACAGGAGCCCCUAUUUCUGGGUUUGCAAAUGAUGAAUCAACAGAAGCAUAGUCAAUCUAUGGACUUCCCUUUUUUUGAAAUAUUUUUAUUGGUUUUUACAACUGCAAGUUUAUAUCAAAUACAUUUAUAUAAUCAAUUCCUGAGAUUCUCUGAAUCACAUGACUUCGCUCCAUCCCUUUCAUGGGUCCUGAUAGUACCGUAUUUGUUGCUCCAUCAGGCGCACCGGACCAUAAGACGCACCUAGUUUUCAGAGGAGGAAAACAGGGGGAAAAUAUUCUGAAUCAAAUGUUGUACUAAACUAUUUAAUAAACUACUGGUAUAUCAGAGUGAGACUAAGAGGGACAGGAGCUGUAUGUUUGUUUAGUGUGCAGGCUCAAGGAGCCAGCGGAUCAGCUGAGACGCGGGGGAUUUGCGUAAUUUCCCCCUCUCCCUCAUCCUCUGCCCUCCAGUCUCCAGCAGCCUUCCUUUUUUACUUCCUGGUUUUCACUGCGCUGGUGGCUCAGAGCUCGAGGUUGGUUGUUUUUUUUUUGCUGCUGGUUGCUUAAAUUUUAUCCUUCCCGAUCUUUCCCCUCCUGUGUCCUGCCGUCCCUCUGCAGCCUCAUUGCUCCGUUUAGGGAGCAGGCGAACCUUCUGCAGCUGUUGCUGGCUGCGCACCACUUUUAAAAGUGCCUGCUGGCUUUGAAUCACCUGUCUCCCUUUACUAUUUUACCUAAGGUAUUUGCCCUGUGCCUGGGUUUUUUUUCCAUUUAACAGUUUGCAGCCUUUUCCUUCCGUUGCUUGUUUUGAGGCAGGAUAGAUUUGAGCAAGUGAUCAGGAAUUGGAUUGCAGGGGAUUCGCCAUUAGCUGUGUAAAAGCGCUCCUGCUUGAAGCCUUCUACGUUGUUUGUACACAUGGCUACUGGUAUCAGGUUCAGUUUGAGUAAUAAGCAGCCCCUGGCAGCAAUAGAAUGGAGCAUAAAAAAGAAGUAGGGGCACUGGGACCCAGACAAUGCUCAAAUCUAUCCUGCCUCAAAACAAGCUGUAGAAGUAAAAAGCCCGCUCCCGCUCCCCUGCCCCUCAUCCUGUGCCCUCCCCAGCCUUUUUUUUCCUUCCUGGUUUUCACUGCGCUCGUUGGCAAGGUGAUGUCUCUACUUUUUCAUUAUAUACCAUUUCCCAAAAUGAUACUGUUAUCUUACAUGACCACCACAUAUAGCAAAAGGUACCCACUUCUUUACAUUUCCAGCAGAUAUUUGAACUUACUCUAUAUGUUUUAGAUAACUUACUAGGAGUCAAAUACCACCAGUACAUCAUUUUCAUGUAGUUUUCUUUCAAUGUACAGCAAGCUGUGAAUUUCAGAUCUGUUUUCCAAAGCCUCUCCCAAUCUGCCAUUUGUAUGUUAUAUCCUAAGUCCCUUUCCCAUUUCGUCAUAACUGAUUUGACCUGUUCAUCCUUUGUAUACCGUUCUAGGAGCAAGUUAUACAUUUUAGACAGAACUUUUUAUGUUACUUCCUAAGAGUUCUUUUUAAAAUUGUGAUGUCUCAUAACUAAAACCUUUCUAUUUGUCUAUCUUAAAGAUAGUGUUUAGUUGAUGGUACUGUAACCAGUCAGUUACAGCUUCCCUUAUCUCUUCAAAAUCUUUUAAUUCCAGUUGGUUUUCAACUUCAGUUAACAGCUCUGUAUAAGUCGGCCAGUUACUUCUCAUAUUCAAUUUUUUUCAGAGAUAUUGCUUCCAAGGGGGAAAGCCACCAGGGUGUUUUUUACUCAAGCAAUUUUUUUUAAAUAGAUAUUUAUUGAAGUUUCAGAAAUUAUAUACAAAAGAAAAACAAACAAAACACAGACAAAAAAGAACAAGUAUAAUUUCAAUUCCUUAUUUUCUUAUGCCUUACUUCGCUGACCUCCUCCUACCUCCCCUUUCUGUAUUCCAAUUUCAAAAUAUUUAUUCAGCAAGUCCUCUCCCUUAAUUUCAUUUAGAUUUACCAUUCUUUUCUUUUAACUUAGACAUUACUACUAUAAAUCACUUAGCUCCUAAACCAUCAUCAUUCUAACAUUUAUUAACCCUUUCUUCAGUUUAUUUUUGAUAACCUUAUUUUCAUUUAGUUUAGUUCAUUUAAAAAAAGAGAAAUCCAGUUUUAUCUUAUCCAUACUUAAUCAUCGAGCUUAUACCUCAGUUCAUAUUCUUAAAACAUUUUUUCUAAGGUCGACCAAGAUUCCCUUCCACGAAUUUCCCAGUUUACAUAGCAAUAAUAAAAAAAUAAAAACAACAAAAUAAAUUGUAAUUAUGAACCCUUUGGAUUCCCAAACUCCACCCCCCCUUCCCGGUUUCAGUCCCCAAAAGUAUCCAUCAGUCUUAAUCUACUAUCAGCCUGGAGAUCUCACGUCCGAGGCACUUACCGUAAUUGUCUUUCAGUUCCUCUCUGCCGGUCUUUUUGAUAGACCUUGAUAUUAAACACCAAAUCUUGGAGAGGCUCCGGCCCAACAGGAUCCAUGUUUUUUCCAGCUAGGCCUCCAUACUUAAAAGUAGAGCCCAUGGGGUGUUCCAUUUCUUGUUUCUUGCUCCUUUCCAGUCCAAAAAUCCCCAAAGCUCUAACCUCCACCUUAAUCACAUUUGUAAUCCUUAGGUCUUCUGAUCUCCACAUAAGAAGAUCUCUCCAUUUCUCAAUCUCCAAUUCAGGCCAAGCUUUCCACAUCAAAUUUUUAUUUUCCUUCAUUGCCAUCAUGUCAGGCCUCAAAGUAGAAUUCUCUUUUAGCAUCUGCACACCGACUCCUCCUUCCUUUUCUUCAAGGGCAACAUAUGUCUCCUUAUCCAUAUUCUCAAAACUCUCAGAUGUCUCUAUUUGUCCAGUUAAAUGGGCUCCUUGUUUCCAAUCCUUAUCCAAUCCAAGAAUGUUAUUUACUGUUAAAUCCAGAGUUGAAACAUUAGAGUCCAGAGUUGAAACAUUUGUAGCCAUAACAUCAAAUUGACCUUGUAACUUUCCUAAGAGAACAAAUGCUCUAUCCAAUUCAUCCUGGAUUUUCCCACCUCCAGACAUUUCUGUAAUGUCACCAAGUCCCUCUAGGGGGAUUUUAGUUCCUUAAUAUUCUUUUCAGCUCGAGUCCAGAAAUCCAGUUAUUUUGUAACAGCAAUUCCUUAUUGUCAACAAAUUGUAACAGAUUGUAACCAAUGUAACCGGCAGAAACAACAAUAACAGUGUUCUCUUUUUCCGUCUUGACAGCCGACUUGACAGCUGUCAAGCUCUUCAAUACUUCAUCAUCAGGCUCUCGGGGCGGUCCCGGGUCCGGGGGGGAUAGAACUUCAGCUCUCAAAAUCAGUUCUUAAUCCUCCAGUAAAGAUUUUGUAAUAUCAAACCGUGAAAUUAAAGUCUUUUACAAGAGAAAAGAGAAAAUUUCUUACGACCUUAGGUAGCAGGUCCUUUGCUUUAUGAUGUUUACAAAGGGGGGGCGGACUUCCUUUUUAACCCUUCCCCGCUCGUUCCUAAUUCAAAGAAAUUCUUCCUUUAGAGCCCAAAUUUCCAUGUUACUCACGGGUUGUUACUUUGAAAUCCGAUUAUUCAAAAGAAGAAGUCAGCGCUCUCCGACAAUGGCUUGCGGCUUCACUCCACAGAAGAAGAGGAAGUACUCUCAGCACCGCACCGCACCCCGACCCCGUUCCAGAGCCUUUAAAAAGGCUCCUUCGCAGAUCGGGGGGCGCAAAUGGUGCCCGCCGAGUCACCACGUUCACAGGCUUCUCCACCUGUGAUUUUUUAGGGUCCCCGCUUCGCCGCAGCAGCAAGACCCGAUCCUGCAGAGCCGAUUCCCUCCAGAGCUCGGAGGGAAUCCGCCAUUAGUCCCCUACUCAAGCAAAUUUUUAUACUUCUCCCAUACCCUACAAAUUUAUUUUCUUAUUAUAUGAGUCUGAAAAGCUCUAUGCACCUUGGCCUUUUCCUACCAUAAAUAUGCAUUCUAUCCAUUAUUUGUGUCCUUCCAGAUCUAAAAUACAGUAUCUGUGUUUUCCAAUGUAGUCCAUUCCUGGUUCUAGCAGAUACAGGCUGUUUCAUAAUAAAGUUUCAAACCCGGCAGGGCAAAACCUCCUCUCUCUCUUACAUCUGUUAAUAAUUUAUUUUUAAUCCUUGAUUUUGUCACUUGGAUAGCUUGAAAAAGAGGAUUAGACUGAUGUCUGUGCUCUGCCCUCAUGGUCCUAGGCAAUAAUGCUUCUUGAUACUAGUUCCUGGAAAGCAAGGGAAGGCAGAGGGCUCUUGUACUCAAAUCCUGCUUGCUGAUUUCCCACAGGCAUUUACCGUAUUUUUCGCUCUAUAGGACGCACUUUUUCCCCUUCAAAAAUGAAGGGGAAAUGUGUGUGCGUCCUAUGGAGCAAAGACGCCAUAGCCCAGCGACCCUCUCCCGGCUGGAGAGGUAACGCGGGGCUAUGGCAGGAGCCUCUAUAGCCGCGUGUCACCUCUCCAGCCGGGAGAGCGCGCGCAGGGCUAAAGCAGCCCCCCGCGACCCUCUCCCGGCCGGAGAGGUGACGCGCGCCUAUGGCAGGAGCCUCCAUAGCCGAGCAUCACCUCUCCAGCCGGGAGAGCGCGCACGGGGCUAAAGCAGCCCCCUGCGACCCUCUCCCGGCUGGAGAGGUGACGCGCGCUAUGGCAGGAGCCUCCAUAGGCCCGCGUCACCUCUCCAGCCGGGAGAGCGCGCACGGGGCUAAAGCAGCCCCGCGACCCUCUCCCGGCUGGAGAGGUGACGCGCGCCAUGGCAGGAGCCUCCAUAGCCGAGCGUCACCUCUCCAGCCGGGAGAGCGAGCACGGGGCUAAAGCAGCCCCCCCACGACCCUCUCCCGGCUGGAGAGGUGAUGCACACCUAUGGCAGGAGCCUCCAUAGGCGCGCGUCACCUCUCCAGCCGGUAGAGCACGCGUGGGGCUAAAGCAGCCAUAGCCCCGCGACUCUCUCCCAGCUGGAGAAGUGACGUGUGACUAUGGCAGCAGCCUCUCUGCUGCGCCUUUACCCUGCUCCCUGACCUGCUCUUUGGGGCUGGUGGUGGGCGUCCCCCCGCCAGCCCCAAAGAGCAGGUCGAAAGGAACCUGUAGCCUGGAGAGCGAGAGGGGUCGGUGCGCACCGACCCUUCUCGCUCUCCAGGCUUCCAAGGUAGCUGCCUGAACGCACCUUAAACGGCACCUUGUUUUAGAGCGGGAAAACAAGAGGGGGAAAGUUCUCCCACUCUCUGCGCAGCGCCUCCUGCCGCUUCACUGAAGGGGCGCUGGGCAGAGAGCGGAAAAUUUUUUUUCCCUUGUUCUCCCCCCUCUAAAACAAGGUGCGUCAUAUUGUCCGGUGCGUCCUAUGGUGCGAAAAAUACGGUAGUUGGCCACUGUGAGAAGAGGAUGCUGGACUAGGUCGUCCUUUGCCCAAUCGAGCAGGCUCUUCUUAUGUUCUGAUAUAGGCAUCCCCUAACUUGGCUCUCCAGAUGUUUUGGGACUACAACGUCCAUCAUCCCUGGCUAACAGGACCAAUGGGAAUUGUAGUCCCAAAACAUCUGGAGGGCCAAGUUUGGGGAUGCCUGUUCUAAGAUAUUGCAAUAUUUUUACAGUUACUUGUGGCACAGUAACACGAAAGUUUGACUUCUUAAUCAUAGGGGAGACUGCUACUUGAGCCUGUGAUCCUUUCCUCCCUGGACAAAGAGAAAUACAGAGAUGUGUCUAAGAAGCCAAUUCCACCACAGAUUAUAAAAUAAUGCAGUUUAUUAAGUGUGAAUGGAGUGAUCAUGUGUUUUUCUUGCCAUUAUCUCACCUGAAUUCCUAAAAGUUUGGAACAUAGAGAGGACAGUGGAGAAAGGAGACAGUGUUAAAAUAAGAGAAGGUGCAUACUGGGACUGACAUGUGUUCACUUCCUUUCUUGUCUUUCUUGAAAGUCUUAACAGGAUUCUCUUCCCCCUCCCCCACUCUCAAACAGGUGAGGAAGAUGUUGGCCAGAAUUCUAUGGAGCCAUCUGUGAAUUCAUUGGGAAGAACAAAGAAACAGUUUAAAUGCCUGGAAUGUGGGAUGUGCUUUAGUCACAGUGGAAGACUGAGGACACAUCAACGAAUUCACAUAGAGGAGAAACCAUUUAAAUGUACUGACUAUCGAAAGAGCUUCAGGGAAAAUGGAACUCUUAGAAAACAUCAACGAACUCACACAGUGGAUAAACCAUUUGAAUGUAUUGAAUGUGCAAAGUGCUUCAGUCGAAAUGGAAAGCUUAGAAUACACCAACGAACUCACACGGGGGAGAAACCAUUUCAAUGUAUUGAGUGUGGAAAGAGCUUCAGUGAAAGUAGAGCACUAAGAAAACAUCAACGAACUCACACGGGGGAGAAACCAUUUAAAUGUCUAGAAUGUGGAAAGAGCUUCAGUAGAAGUGAACACCUUAGAAUACACCAACGAACUCACACGGGGGAGAAACCAUUUGAAUGUAUUGAAUGUGGAAAGCGCUUCAGUGUAAUUGGAAACCUUAGAAAUCAUCAACGAACUCACACGGGGGAGAAACCAUUUAAAUGUAUUGAAUGUGGAAAUAGCUUUAGUAGAAAUGAACACCUUAGAAUACACGAAGGAACUCACACGGGGGAGAAACCAUUUAAAUGUAUUGAAUGUGGAAAGUGCUUCAGUCAAAAUGGAACACUUAGAUUGCACCAACGAACUCACACGGGGGAGAAACCAUUUGAAUGUAUUGAAUGUGGAAAGAGCUUCAGUGGAAGUGGAGACCUUAGAAGACAUCAACGAACUCACACGGGGGAGAAACCAUUUAAAUGUAUUGAAUGUGGAAAUAGCUUUAGUAGAAAUGAACACCUUAGAAUACACGAAGGAACUCACAUGGGGGAGAAACCAUUUAAAUGUAUUGAAUGUGGAAAGUGCUUCAGUCAAAAUGGAACACUUAGAUUGCACCAACGAACUCACACGGGGGAGAAACCAUUUAAAUGUAUUGAAUGUGGAAAGAGCUUCAGUCGAUAUGGAAGCCUUAGAAGACACCAACGAACUCACAUGGGGGAGAAACCAUUUGAAUGUAUUGAAUGUGGAAAGGGCUUCAGUGGAAGUGGAGACCUUAGAAGACAUCAACGAACUCACACGGGGGAGAAACCAUUUAAAUGUAUUGAAUGUGGAAAGCGCUUUAGUCAAUAUGUACACCUUAGAAAACAUCAACGAACUCACACGGGGGAGAAACCAUUUAAAUGUAUUGAAUGUGGAAAGUGCUUCAGUCAAAAUGGAAGACUUAGAUUGCACCAACGAACUCACACGGGGGAGAAACCAUUUGAAUGUAUUGAAUGUGGAAAGCGCUUUAGUCAAUAUGUACACCUUAGAAAACAUCAACGAACUCACACGGGGGAGAAACCAUUUAAAUGUAUUGAAUGUGGAAAGUGCUUCAGUCAAAAUGGAACACUUAGAUUGCACCAACGAACUCACACGGGGGAGAAACCAUUUAAAUGUAUUGAAUGUGGAAAGUGCUUCUGUCAAAAUGGAACACUUAGAUUACACCAAUGA